AGUGUGUGUUUCACUAUGGCGAAGGAAUAAACAAACAGAGCGCAAUGGGUAGGAAAGCAGCAGUAACGGUGAACACAUCUCUCCGUUAGUGACUAACACCAGUUACAAAAUAGUCCAGUGACUGGUGUGAGGCUUCAGCAGGGUGUGCACUCGGUUUCUUUUUAUUUGUGUGUAUGUGGUCGAGACACGGAUGCUGUCAGUGCGAAUAGCGAUGAAAAGAGCGAAAAUAGUUUGUACCUUGAACGUCUCAGCUGAAGCAGCAGCAGCAGCAGCACCCGGUGAUACAGGCUACAACCGUUACUGGACUCCGGACCUUUUCCUCCUUCUAACGGCUGAGACAUGGACAGCGGAGAGACACUGAAUUAACCACCGUUAGCUCUUAAUAAAGCGAUUUUCUUUAAUUUAUUCGACUUAAUUUAGCUCUUAUUUUUGUUCUCUCUCUUAAAGUUCAGUUUAGCCGUCGAAAAAAAAUGUUGACAGGAUCCAAAACAACGUUCAAAGUGAGACAAAUGCUCCCAGAUAUCAAGGUAAGUGAGGGUUUAAACCUUGUUGGGCUCGCGGGACGUUAAGUUAGCUAACCGGCGCUAACUAACUAGUUAGCUCUGCUGAGUGAACUUGUUUAAUCCGCCUCAGUGUCGCUUUAUUGUAAGAGAAUGGGCUUUCAUUACUGCAUUUAAAACCACGUAUAAGUAUAACGACUUUCUGUUUUUUAAUUUAUCCACGUCUUGUUUUUUGCACUAAAUAUUUCCACGUUUAAUUCUUAAUUGCAGCCUUUGCUAGUGUCUCAGAUUGGUCAUUUGACUCACCAUGCUUUCAUUCUCUACUUUCAGACUGGCCGUUGUAGGCAGAAUUAGCAUUUAAAUGCCUAAUUCAGGCUGCAUAACUUUACAUUUCAUUUCUUUCUUUUUUUUUUAAGAAUUAGAGUUAAGCAGAUUUUGUCUCACCAGAACUCUUAAUAUGAUAAAACAGCAGGCAGGGCAGGGAGCAGGGGAUGACACUAUGCAGGAAACAGUGGUCAUCAUUCACUGUGCAGAGCUAUAAAUGUACUGUACACACAGGUAGCCUGCAGCCUGCUGGGAUUAAUAUAAACCUAGGGUCACUCCUCAGAUUCCUCCAUAGUGUGUAGAUGUUAUUUCUGUUCAUAACUCAGGAUGGCAGCUGUACAGGCUUCGCAGGACUGCUCUUUCCCCUUUGGGAAAUGCAUAAUUACUGUAAGAGUAGGGUACAUAAUGUCACUGUCUUUGGCUGCAUGCCUUAUUAAAGGCCGGGGAAGUGGUGGUGCAUCUUAAUUACCUCUCAUGGCAGGAGGUUCACCUCUUAUGGGAUCACACACAAAGAGAAGUAGAGCACACGAUCAUCAUCUCCAGAGAACUGUUUGUACGGAACAGUUGUAACUCGUUUCAGCUGCACUUUUUUGCCAAAGGUUUACGAUGCAUCUGUGAAAAGCUGAAUGUGAAAUCAUUGUGCUGUGGUAUUUCGAUGAUCAGAAGAUACUGUCCCAGUUAAGGGGCGCCUCAGAGGUUUGAAAGAGUCAUUAGUUUGAUAGACAGCACAAAGAAACAUGUACACACACUGUAUGAAUAUCUGUAGUGUGCUGGUUUCUUUCUUCCUGGCUCCAUCUUUGUAUUGCCUGGCUUUUUGUCUCCCCCUGGUUAUUUUCAGCAGCCGCAGGGGAAAACGGUAACAGAUGCCUCUUUACUCUGCCCUCAGGCAAGGCUUGCAUGUGGAGUGGGGGUGAUGUUCUCUGCACAACAUCUGGCUGUCACCAUGGAGACAGCAUUUGGGAGGUAGAGGGGUUUUUGAAUUUGAUUACCUUUGAAAGGGACGCACAGAAAUCAUCACAACCCCCCACACUAAAGGAAUCUGAUGUGUCCGAGUGGGGAAUGUGGCUGAGCCUAAGAUAUGGUGAUGUGAUGGAGUAGGCUGUGCAGAUUAUAUGCACAGGCCACCCACACACUCUUGUGGGUUUCACUUCCAUGAGCAUGUGUUGAGACUGCUCUGGAAGGCUGAAUCCAACGCUGGGCUCAUCUUUUACCAGAUGGCUUUGCAGUUUGCUCGCUCUGAUAAAUAUACACGUCUUUAAUCAUGGAAUUUACUCAUGCUAGUGUGGCUGAAAAAUGUAUGACACGAGAGCUGUUGAGAAUAAUUAUUUUGGAGAUACUCCAGUGCUGGUUUUUGUCAUCCUGAUCUGGAUUUUGACUGUUCAAGACCAGUGUAAUCAUAUUGAUAAAGCUGCAGACCAGUCAACCUUUAUGGAUGUGACUGUUAGUCUGGGCUCAGGUAAAACACAACAGUAGGGAUGUGCGUGUUAGUCACCUGAAAAAUUAAUCGUUCUCACCUUUGCAAGUCGGCGCCAUAAUUAGUGGGUAAAUAAAUGAGUAAUGCUUUCAUCACUAUAGACCUGAAAUGCUGGUUAUUUGUUGUCUUUGAGCGGUAACAAAGCCAUCCACCUCUUGCUAGGGCAGGAGUUUGGCUAAAUGGUAUGCCACAAUGCUCUGAUGUUCAGCUACCAGGAUGUAAACAAGUGGAGAUGACAGAGGGCAGUAUUUGGAUCUAGAAAAUGAAGAUAAAGUUGUGUUUGAACCCUAAACAUGACAGCUUAACUGCAGCAAUGUGUUAUCUUCACAGGUGUGUAGAUGCUAACCUGUAAAGAGGACCAAAGGCUGGUGGUAUUAGCUCUACCAACAUUAGCCAUUGUUUUACCAUAUAUUGACAAAUUGAUUAGUUGUACUUUCUAUCAGAACUCAUCAGCUGAAUGCUCUCACUAUUGUAGCGAAAGAAAACACGCCGAUCCGGGUCCAAUACUUUUGCCUUCAACUGAAAAGGUGAUAUGAUGAAAUGAGGUUAAAACAGGAUGAAUGAGUGAAAAAUAAUGAGAAACGGUCAGAAACAGUCAACAGAAUAUUAACAGUGCUUGCCAAACCCGUUGUCUGACUACACCUGUGUGAUUUAAAUAACCUGCCAAACAUCCCAAAACCACACCCCUCAGUGACGAUCCCGGAUGUGACGUACCUUCAGAAAUAAAACUUUCAACAAAUAUAUUUUGGCUCUUACAACUAUGGAUGUUUACAGUCGGGUAUUAAGUAAGUGAUUGUAAAAAAUAAUAAAUCUGACACAGUUUCCUUUAGAUUUUCUGUCAGGUAGGGGUUAACAGCGAGUGCUUUUGGUGUUUUAAGUUUAAAGCAUGAUCUAAUCCGAACCUACCGGCUGAAGGUGUUGCACUCAGCUGAGGAAUGCAGCCUCGCACCACGUCCCCACAAUGGCUCUUCUAUUUGUGGAGCCGUAGAUGACCGCUCCUGCCUCUGACGACAUGGACGUUAAGACAUAGGAUGAGAACUUUUAACGGGACUUCUGGAUUCAGCGCUCAAGGACGAGUGAAAGUAAAUGCAGAGAGGUUGAAGCUGGCACACCUGUGUCUCUGCAUACCAGCAACACCGGUGCCUCCUAAGAGUGUUUUCUGCUCCUGAACUGAUUGUUACUCAGUUGUGCUACCGACUAACACUCAUGCUUUUAAUAAUCAUGCUUGUUUUUCUCAGUGAGUGAGAACGAGUGAGCAAAAAAUGGAACUUGUGAAUCUGUAAUGUUUCACUUCUCUUGUUGCUGCAAAUCCAGAGUCGUUGGAGCCUCGCUCUUUAUGUUUACAGAGAUUAUUUGUGUAAAUCUGCUCCGUAAGUAGAUAUUAAGGCUGUUAAAAGAUUUGUGCACCUCUUUAUGUCCUGUAGCUUGUAAUAGGGAAAACUGAUUGUUGACAUUUACAAAGAUGAGUCUUGAGAAUACUUAGAAGUUAUAACCCUUGUUUUCAUCAGAUUUAAUAGCUCUGACUGAAUGUUUUGGUGAAAGGGGAGACCUUCUCUAAUUAUUUUGUUCCCGUGAAGAAUCUUGUGCACAAUGAAAACUAAAGGAAUCCCAACUUGUAACAGAGGGAGCACCAAAAUAAGGCAUUUUUAAUGUUUACUGCUUUUGUCCUUUUAUUCAGUUUUGCUCUGAUUUGCCGUACCUUUGCAAGCACGGCACAGAUGUUGUUUGCUGUUGUUGCUGCAUAGUGAUUACCUGCAAUCAGUUCCACAUUGCUGCUCUAAAGCAGCAGUUGCAGGUGGCAGCUAUAAUAAAACCUCAGCAGGGAAGAUUUGAAUUGCCUCUUGUUGCAAAAUGAUGUAACUUGCUGUGUAGACACCGUGUAGCAACAAGUAACAAGUUGAUUUUCUCAGGGAGGCAAUUACAGUAGUGUAGCAUUAACCAAGAGUCUAUACUGAAUCAGAUUUUUGUGUAAUCUAAAAUAUUUUGCAUAUCUGCAUCAAACAACUCUACAAUUGUAGAAGCAUUUUGUAAGUUGUUUUUCACAAAUGUCUGAAAAAGUCAUCUUCGAGUUGAUUUUUAGUAUGAUCAGUUGCUCCAAAUCUAAAGAGAUGUAAUUUACAGUCACAUUAAAUUAUGAAAAGCAGCAAAUCCUCAAAAUCAAAGAGCUUAAACCAGGAACUGUUUGACAUUUUUUUCUGAAAAAUGUCGCCCAAGGGAUAUCACGAAAACAAGAGCAGAACAAGCUACAUAAGGAUGCUUCAGCUCGCUUCUUACUCAGUCUUACUCGGGCUUAUUUUGGCUGCGCCUAUCCCCUGGAGUUCACUCUAUCUGCAUCUCCCAGCCAGCUUUGAAGCAGUCAGCAUGAAAGGCACACAGCACAAAGCUCCACAGAAGCAAAAAAUGCCAGAGGAGGUUUCAUCUGAGCUCUAUUCAGAGGGACUGUAGAUCCAAGCCUGAUAGGGGUGGGCCAAAGCAGUACAGUCCCCCACACCCGCUCCCAUAGGACCCAGACGUCACAUUCACUGCCAGCACUUGAGCUGCUGAGGCUUCUGCUGCUUAAACAGAGACAACAAUGGGCUCCUCUUCAGUCCAGUGCAGAUUUAUGGUUGCCUCAGAGGGUGUAUUGAUCUGACAUUGAGUGAUAAUUAACCAGCAGCGCCACUGUUCACAUGUGUGAAAGGCCUUCGUUUUGGAGCCGUUUGUCUGCUCUGUGGGUGUGGAAUGGCUCUGAUAGUCUCACUCCAGGGACCCGAGCUGUCGUAGUGGAGUGGACUGUCAAAAUAACAUUUCACGCAGGAGACGAUUACACUCGGAGCUACUGGAAAUGUUCCAUGUCCAGCAGUAGAUUUCCACUUAAGCCGUUUAGCUGACACUUUUAUCUGCAAUGAUGUACUAUUAGCGAGAAUGUAAGGGGGUUUAGAGAUGUAAGUGUUCCCCAGAGACUAAGAGGAAGAAACGCUGUUGUUGGUGGACACACCGCCUGUUGUAGGAGUCAGACAUGUGAUCUUGAGUCACAGGGUGAUCUGUCUAACCACAAGGCAACCCUCCUUCCCUGUGGAAGAAGAAUUAGAUAUGUCAGGACUCCUUUGACAGGCAGGAUAGUGACUGAUGACAGCUAGUUGUCAAAUCAGUCAGUGUCUGACAUGUGAAUGUAGGUUAUAGGAGCAGACCAGUGAGCUGCUCUGACUGGUACUCUAUCAGUUUGUUUUAUACUCGAGACAGACCAACCCUUUGGUCCAAACUGUACCAUCUUUUUACAUUUCUCCUGUACACUCUUAAUAUGCCAUUAAAAAAAAUCUGGAUUCAUGUUAUUUUCAAUCCAAAUGCAAUUGAUCAAUCAAUCAGUCUUUAUUAAUAUAGCACGUUUCAUACACGACCACGUAGAAAAAAGUGCUUUACACAGAAAAAGGAAUAAAAGUAACAAAGAAUACCCAAAUCUACUCCAACCCAGGUAUAAAAGUAAUGAAGAAUACACAGAUCUACCCCAGCCCAACCCCUCAUUCCCACCCCACGAUCUAAAUGCGACAGAAACAGUAUUAAAAUGCAUAAACUUUAAAAGUGCUUGAUUAUGUGGAAACAGGAAUGUACGCAUUGAGGAAACGCCAUUUUACAACUCAAGAUAAGGAAACACUGGAGGAUGAGGUUAAAAUCUAAAAACAAAGUAACAUAGAAUGAAAUUUUAGAAAUAAUAAAUAAAAUGAAUUAAAAACAACAGUAAAAGAUACUAAAGCACCAAAAAAGCUCAAUAAAAGACGAUCCUGUCAUUGAAACUAGAAAGAGAUAAAUGCUGAAACACUUCAACAAAGUCAAUGAUAUAAAAUUUGGUUUAAAGCAAGACUAAACAGGUACGUUUUCAGUUUGCUUUUAACUUAAGUUCUUAUGGUUUAAUAGUGAUAUAAGUUGAGAGUUUGCUCAACUCUUAAGUGGCACAAGCAGCAAAAGAAGAAGAGAUGAAAGAGAGAAAAAGAUGAAGUGUUUAGAGGAAGGGUUUGAAGAUGAGGUGAUUGAAAUAUGAAAGUCUGACUGUGUGGGUGGAGCUUUAGACUGUUUUGUUGCUACAUUUUAUUUAUCUACACAUGCCACAUUAAGCAGAGGAAGUACGGGUGUGAAAUGUCAGUAUUUGUCUGAUAUCUGAUACUUGGAUCAGAUUUGAGCACCCCAGGUUUAAGGCAGACUUACAGAGUAAGAGGGAAACCUGCAGUGUUCCUUAUAGACACGUCAGAACUGUGACGAUACCAUGAUGCGUAAAAUGCGAACAGAUAUUGAGAGCGUUACAAAGUCGUCUUGUCAUGUCUACUUGCUUUGUCCUCCUUAUAUCUACAAUUAUCAGAAUCCACAAAAGGAGGAGAGCUGCUCUUGUAUCCCCCGAGGUCUUCAUUAACCACCGUUUUAUUCAUCCUCUCCUUGUUAUCAUACUUGCUACGCUAACCUCGCUCUCUAACCUACAUUUAAACCAAACAGACUAAACAGCUGACGGGCUAGCUGCGGCUCUAUCUGAUUCACCAAAUGCUUUGAAAGACAGGUCCAUAUGUUUCCUACAGUAUUUCUCUGUGUGUUUUUGGCACAUGUUCAUGCCGCAAUGAAGAUGAAAAAAAAACAAACAGGGAUUUAUUCUGCAGGCCUGAUCCUACGCUGAGUCAUCAAACAUCUGUUUAGCUUUCUGUCAGCGCUCGGCAAUCGAAGCGAUAAGAGGAAGGAAUAAAGUGGAUGCAAAUAUGUGAUGAGACAAUCACAUGCAAAUCAUUCAGCAGCAGGGAUACUAUUAAGAGAGCCAGUAAUCGUGUUGUGCAUCUAGACGUCUGAAUUGAUGGUGUGGUAAUGAAGGACUGAUGAGAAAACAGGCGCUGCUGUAAAUAUUACUUUAGGUUUCAGAUACAAUAUUGUAGUAGGGAGAGAGGUUCUAAUUGCUGCAGGCUUUCGCAGAGAAACGGGGUUAAAAGCGGGAUCUCUACUACAGUGUGAUGCAGAACUUCUCCCAUUAAAUAUUUACCAUCUGAAUUCCCAGCUCAUGAAAGAUUAAUUCAUUAUUUUAUACGUCGGAAUCUGUUUCUGUCUCUUCCCCCACAUAUAAAAAGCAAAAAUGCAACCUUGGCUAAGUCAUGUUUCUCUAUAUACCAGAAAAAGCAGUUUGUUUUUCUUUUCAUUCUUUCAUUCUACUGUGGGCUGCUCAUUAUAUUCAAGGCAGGUUUUUACCCUUUGGCUUUGCCCUUGGGGGGUUUUGCUGUCAGUGCAUCAGUAUAUUUCAUUUCAGCUCUUCUGUUCCAGUAAAAGGAAAUACAGAUUACAGCAGGUCUGUUUAAAAGGAAGGACAAGAAUUUUCAAAGGCAGGCAAAGUGAUGGGAAAAGAGUUCUCAGGCCAUUUUGAUCGAUUUUUGGGUAACGCUUUCUUUUACAGUACACUUAUUACCAGGUAAUUAACAGGUAAUUACCUAGUAACAACAUGAAAUUAUCUGGUAAUUACAAGUUAACUACUAAAUCAAUACUGUCUAGUUUUUCUUUUUUUUCUUUUUUCUGUGCAGCUCCAUUUUCAAAAGCUAUUUGGGGUUCUUAUUUUCUAUGAUUGACACUUGAUACAGCAUAUGGGUGUGUGAAGAUUGCGUAGCGAUACGCUGUUUGAGCCGAGCAUUAUCACAGCGGCUCACCCCCCGAAUGCGUACAAUGCUUCUGCGCAAGAGGUGGAUCCUGGAAGUGGAGAAAAUCCUGAAAAUACCAGAGCAAUUCAGCUUUAAAUUUGUAUGAUGAUGGAAGGUUACCUACCUGAUAGCUAGACAGUAUUGACUUAGUAGUUAUCAUGUAAUUACCAGAUAAUUUCAUGUUGUUACUAGGUAAUUACCUGUUAAUUGGCUGGUAAUAAGUGUACCGUAAAAGAAAGGGUUACAGAUUUUUGUAGAUAAAAAUAAUGUUAUUGUGAAUGGAGUUUAAAAAAAAAAACAAAGUUCAGAGUGAGCUGUAUUUAGAACGACCUCAUGGCGUUAUUUUCCUCCUCCUAAGCCAGUUCACAAUGCCAUAGGACUGUUCCCAUUCAUGUGAGGAAAUGAAUAAGCACAAUACAAACGAACUGGUUGUGACCCUUACAGUGCAGUGGCUGAAAGCUAAUGUGUAUUUUACAGGCCAAAAGGGGAGCGUCUGGCAAGAAGUACUCUCAUAACAGACCUUAAAUUGUCCAUAAUAACUAUUAUAAGAUUUCACGUUUGUAGAUCGGGAAUGUUUUUUUUCUUCAUUGUCCCUCCAAAAUAUCCAUUCGCUCUCUUCCCUUGCGAGGUUUGUCCGUUGUUUAAGAAAAGAGAAACGCGUUCCAGAGCCAGAAACAGGCACGCUUACUGCAGAAGUCUGGCUGCAGUAGCAAAGGAAGCCAUGAGCAAUGGAAACUGCAACAAGCCUUGGCCGCUGUCCCUGAGGAUGAAGUAGAGGGGGGAGCAGAGUAGGGCAAAAGUGGGGCAGAGAGGCAGAGCAAGGGGGGAAGAGGCAAUGAAAGUGGAAGAGGGGGGGAUGCCAAAGCCACAACGCAAAUGAAAAAUGUCUGCUGAAAGCUGGCAUUUGUGAGGAACGGCAUGGGAAUGGCGUUUCUGAGUGAUGCAGGAUUCAGGGAGAGCUGAACCGUUUGUCUUAUCUUUGACGCUUCUAGACUUUGAUUUUAUAAGCUGCUGCUCCUUCACUUUUACUGCAUGAACAAAUUGAAUCUGCAAGGUCACUCCUCUCCUAUCACCUCAUAUAUGUAACUUAGUCUUCAGCUGAAUGCCAGGGGCUCUUCACCUCGUAUAUUGCAGCGUUAUUGAGUUGACCAGCCUCCCGACACCCUGAAGCCUACUUUUUGUCAGUCCUCACAACCUUAAGAGGACAGAUCUAAGACACAACAGCACUUACAGAUAAGAGGAACCAAACUGGAUCUGAGCAGCCUCUGAUGUUCUUAAAGGGAAUAAGGAAUUCAGCUGUGGGUUUUUUUGUGGGUGUUGAUGGAGAGACGGAGCAAAGGCAUGAGACGUUUUAAAGCCUUUCAGGAAAAAUAUGAACAAUGUCCUGGCAGGCCUGAAACAAUAGGUUGUAAAAUUUUUAGUGAACUGCCUUAUCAUCAAAAAACCCCAGCAGUUUUUGCCAACACGAAGCUUUCAGACUUUUGAAAUUGGUUUUCAUUUUGCACGCCACAUCCUAUAAAAUAUUCCUGUAGUUUUACUGCAGAAGCUGGAGCAGGAUGAGAACAUUUUAUAGUGAGAUGUUGCACCCAAGCAAAUGUGCAAAUGGGUCUGUAAUUAAGGCUCACAUUAAUUAAUCCAUGAACCAGACUUAGUUUUAUUUGUGUUACAGGCCGACCCUAUUUUAAUGAAUGUGAGAAUUUGUACUUUUAGGUAAAUCCUUACAAACUGUUGUUGCUUAUUUGAAUUAAAAAUGUGUAAGUAAAGGGUUAUUUCACAGUUAGAGAAGAUUUGAUCUGGGAAUGCACUAGUUUAUCAUCGUGAUAUUGGUAUCAGCCAUACCUGCCAACACUCCCGUUUUUCCCAGGACUCUCCCAUAUUUCAGACCUAAUAUCUCCCGAUAUUGUCAUUUCUCCUGGGAAUCUCCCGUAGUUUGAUGGUCCACGUUCAUUCAUGAAUCGGAUCACUAUAUUUGUCCAAAGUUUCCAGACAACCAAAGAUUGUCCUGUCUUUCUGCUGAGCCUCACAGACACUGGAUUAACACUUUGACUUUACAAUUUGGGAUGAUUCAGGUCAGUUUAAGCUGCAAACUAUACUUAAACAGUAUUUGUUGCAAAAUGAACACUUUAAUGACAAGGAAACAAGUGCAAGAUAUUAUUUAUGUUGAUAGUCUUUAACCUUCUUGGAGUGAUGCGUUCAGGGCAGCCUCAGAUAAAAGAGUGCUGUAUUUCACGCACAGAUGUUUAGAGAGCCUCAUACGAGAGAGCAUGUAAAACAUAUGAGGACUUUAACACUUAUAUUAGUGGACUAAAUAAGUUCAAGGCAUAUCGUAGCUAUUAAUUUUUUAACCCCUAAACUGCCCGGUAGACUAUAAAUGUUGGCAGGUGUGUUAUCAGCAAAUAAAAGUUCCAAAAGUUAAUUAACAGUAUUUCCAGAUAUGUCAAUUUUUGCAGAUACUCAUGCAGGAUUAGGUGACACACUGACCUCAGCAGCAACUUCAUUCAUCAGCAGCUUUAGCAGCUUUCAGUGCGGUGGGAAAUGCCAGCUUCUAUGGGCUAAUUAUAUUUUUUGAUUAGUAGUUGGUUUUUUUUUAGACCACAAUAAGCUUAAAAACAGUAAAUAGGAUACUGGCAUUAUUGUGCAUCCUUAAUUUGUGAAAUGUGUUUUCAGCAUUAUGCUUUCUGCCACUACAUCAGAAAGUUUGAACCAAAUGUUUACAACUUUAUUCCCAGGAUCUGGAGCAGACUGCAGAAUCCGUGGCGUUUUGUUAAAGAAACAGCCAGAUGCUUUCACAUGCAAGGAAAAACAAGCUGCUGUGAAUCGGUGUGACUAAACUCCCUUUCUCAAAGAGCAAAGGUCUUCUUUGUUCAAUGUUCCCUGUCUUUUUUUUAUGGAGGGCCACAGGCUUAGAGUCUCAGGUUUUCAUGGGCCGGCUGCUAACACAGAACGCACCACACUGCAAAAUUGCUAGCAUAACAUUGGCAACUCAGUAGUUUCAUUGUUAUUGUUCACACAUCCUUGCUGAGUCUUAGAAAUACCAGCGUUAAGUGAUAAAGCUGAGUUCCUUAAAUGAAACGGUCUUUAAUAGUUUCACUGUGGGCUAGAAGUGCUGAGAGAGACGUUUGAGGCUCUACAUUUUAGAGUUCCCUUUCAGUCGAUUCACUCGGUACAACACAUAUAGUAUGGGAUAUCACGCCCCUGCGUGACCUGACUGAAGACACCUUUAUUCACGCCUUUAAGGCAGAUGAUCUGUGGUGACGUCUGGGAGGCUCCGCCUGCACAUAUAUACGUGUAACACCACAGUCAUCCUUCAGUUCUUACGCUCUUCACCUCGCUGAGAACACCUACACCGAGUCGGGCUAACUAGCUGCUGCUAAAUUAGCCUGGUCUUGUCUCUGGCUACUGCUUGAUCGACUUUAGCUCAACUGCCCCUGUUGGUGUUAGCCUACGGCUACCCGCGGAGCGCUAAUUUCGUUCAGCUUUUGAGUCUCGUUAUGAGCUCUAAGCCCAUGAAGGUGAAGGCGAAGUCUUCUGUUCGCCCCUGUCCUCAGGGGUGCGGCUUCUCCCUUCACGAGAAGGAUCUUCACGAGGCUUGUCCCGUUUGCCUGGGGAUUGUCCACGCCAGGAGGGCGUUGACUGAGCCCGAGUCGUGUGAGUCCUGUCACCGGCUUCGGAGCUCAACCCUGGGAAGGCGGGUCAAGUUUGUGGAGAAAAUUCUUGGAAAAACCGCUGUUGCGCUGCACGACCCCCUCCUUUCCGAGUCCAGAGACCCGGCUUCGUCCGAGUCCGGUGGUGAGGACUUUCUGGUCGAAGGCUCAGUUGGAAGCUGGGCAGACCAUGUGGAGUGUGCUGACGGGUCAGCUGGGUUUGAGCCGGGCCCCUCCGAGGGCGCUGGCCAGCCGCUAUCCGGGCUAGCUUGUUACCAGGAGGACGAUGACGUGCUGGACAUCGGCCUGGACGUGCAGGGUUUUUCGGAAGAUGAGCUGGAGCCGUUGUCUUCAGGUCAGUAUGCCGCCGCUGCUGCGCCGGUUGAUCUGGACGACACAUCCUUCCUCUCACUGUACCGCCGUGCAGCUGAGAAACUGGAGGUAGAAUGGCCCUCUCCUCCUCCAGCUCAAAAACCGUCGCGGUUCACAGGGUUUUUUCUCCCACCCGAACCGACGACUGUUAAGAACAGUUUGCCCAUGUACCCGGAUUUUGUCGCGGAACUAACCUCGACAUGGAACAAGCCGCUGUCCACCCGCGCCACAGUGCCCGGUUGUGGACAGUUUCUGGAUCUAGAUGGAGCUGAAAAAGCUGGAUUGGUGAACCCUCCGCCUAUGGAGGCGUCCCUGGCAGCUUAUCUGGCCCCGGCCCAGAAUCACGGUGUCGGUGGCCCCAUCACGCUCCCAUCCAAGCACUGUAGAUUUUCAGCGUCACAGCUGGAUAAAAUUUACAGGACACAGGCAAAUACGGCUCGUGCACUGAGCUCCGUCACUAUGCUUCAGACAUAUCAAGCUAUGUGUCUGGCAGAACUCGGCUCGCGUAUGCCUCCUGACAGUCCGCUUACUCCUCUCCUCAAUGAAGCUAGGGUCGCCACAGAUUACAUCCUCCGUGUGUCCCGCUGUGCAGCGCUGUCUCUCGGUAGAGGCAUGGCUUCCACGGUGGUGGCGCAGAGGCACCUGUGGCUGACUCUCUCCGACGUUCCGGAGAGGGACAGAGCGGUUUAUCUGGACGAGCCUGUGUCGGCCAGCGGUUUGUUUGGGCAGUCCCUCGACGACAUUCAAGCUAAGUUUGAGCUGAGGAAAAAACAAACCGAAGCUUUGAGAAGCAUCAUCCCCAGGCGUGAUGCGAGGCCCAAACAACAGGGUUAUCCGCACAAACCGGCACCAGCGCCUCCCCCUAAGAGGACUGCAGCGCCCGCCAGCUUGGGGCCCCAGCCGGUGAAGCGAUAUGUACCCGGUCAGAACCCACGCCCUUCGGCUUGGAACAAGGGUCCGCCACCGAGCUUCCGGAGGGACUCGGCGCCCAGGAAGAAGAAGCAGCAGUCAUCCUAGCUUCGGGAUCGACUCGAGAGGGCCAGCAGCACGGAGACACUGCCGCCCUUCAUUUUCUGCCGCCAAAGAGGCCGCGUUUAAAGUUCGUUCAGGGGUCCGGUCCCGAGAGGCGCUGCACUCCCUUAACACAGUCUCCCAAGCACAACCCCCCUCACAUACACAUGCCCCAAUAAUGGCGCCUGUUGUUCACUGUGUGAAUGUCACAAAUGUACGUUCUUUGAAUCAAAUAAAGGUUUCGUUUUGUUCUCAAAACAUCAUGAAUCAAUCAAGUCUGGGCGAGAAAGUGUUGCCGUUCCCAGCCGGCACGCUAGGGGGCGACAACCCCUCCCCCACAGUACUGGAGGUCAGUCGACUGACUGUUCGUCUCUCUCGGUGGCGCGCAUGCGCAGUCUCACCGUGGGUAGAGAGAACUGUUGCCAUCGGCUACCGCUUACAGUUCAGGGUCCGGCCGCCUCGCUUUCACUCUGUAAUACACACAGUUGUAGCAGAGGAAGCAGCAGCAGUGCUGAGGGAAGAAAUAAACAACUUGUUGAACAAGAGGGCGAUACGAGUUGUUCCCGCUUCGGAAACGAACAAAGGUUGGUACAGCCGCUAUUUCGUUGUUCCGAAAAAGGAGGAGGGCUCCGUCCUAUCCUAGACUUGCGAGUGUUAAACAAAUACCUACGAACCUACAGGUUCAAGAUGCUAACACUCAGACAGCUACUGGGCGCGAUCAGACCGGGAGAUUGGUUUACAACUAUCGAUCUGACAGAUGCUUACUUUCACGUAGCAAUUCAUCCGGACCACAGGCAGUUUCUAAGGUUUGCAUUCGAGGGCAUAGCCUACGAAUACCUGGUGCUGCCGUUCGGCUUAUCACUCGCCCCCCGAACAUUCACCAAAUGUGUCGAGGCGGCAUUAGCUCCGCUACGGGAGAAAGGUGUUCGCAUCUUAGCCUAUCUGGACGAUUGGGUGCUAAUCGCGAGCUCCAGAGAGCGAGCAGCGGCUCAGCUGUCAUUGACCCUAUCGCACAUCCAAACACUGGGCUUUUCAGUAAAUUUACAGAAAAGUUCACUGACUCCGAGUCAACAGGUAUCAUUUCUCGGGCUGGAAAUAUGCUCCGUUUCAAGCCGAGCACGUCUGUCAGAACGCAGGGUGGCUGCGUUUCACCGCUGCCUUGCACAAUUUCAGUUGGGACGCAAACUGUGUUUCCGGACGAUUUUACAGCUGACAGGCAUGAUGGCAUCUAUGAUCGCUGUAGUGCCGCUCGGACUGUUAAAAAUGAGAGCGUUUCAACGCUGGACUCAGUCUCACCGGCUGUGCGCGCAGCGUCACCUCCAGAGGAGGCUGACGAUAACUCAGUCUUGCAUGUCGGCUCUUCUCCCGUGGAGAGAACCCGGUUUUCUACAACAGGGAUCUCCGAUAGGGAGGGUGUCUUUUCGCAAGGUGGUGUCCACAGACGCAUCCCUGAGGGGUUGGGGGGCUCUGUGCGAGGGCGCAGCAGUGAGAGGUGUGUGGACGCCAGCACAAUGCAAACUCCACAUCAAUUACCUGGAGCUACUAGCUACCCUUUUAGCUCUGAAGCACUUUCGUCCCGUUCUGACAGGCCAUCAUGUUCUGAUCAGGACGGACAACACAACCGUGGUUUCUUACAUAAACAAGCAGGGAGGGACACGCUCUCUUCCCCUGUUAAAACUGUCUCACUAUCUGUUGCUAUGGUGCAGUGUUCAUUUUCUGUCCCUCAGAGCCACACAUAUUCCGGGUCACUUAAACCUUGGACCAGACCUUCUCUCCAGGGGGGUCCUCUUGUGAGAGAGUGGAGAUUGCACCCACUAGUGGUGGCUCAGAUAUGGGACCGCUUCGGCAAGGCAGAAGUAGAUCUUUUUGCCUCCAGAGCAAAUACUCAUUGCCCCCUGUUCUUUUCCAUAACAGACUGCAAUGCUCCCCUGGGGAUGGAUGCGCUAGCUCACCCAUGGCCCAACACGCUGCUAUAUGCUUUUCCCCCAGUGGAAAUGAUUCUGCCCAUUCUGGAGAGGGUGCGCCAGCAGGGGCUCUCCCUGAUCCUGGUGGCUCCUCGCUGGCCGGCGAAGUCGUGGUACGCAGAGAUAAUCAGUCUGCUGGUAGCGAGGCCCUGGCAGCUCCCUUUUUGCAGGGACCUCCUCUCCCAGGCGGGAGGAGAGGUGAUUCACCCGCGCCCAGAACUGUGGAAACUACAUGCUUACCUGUUGAAAGGUCCAACUUAAUGGCUCAGGGUCUGCCCCCAAAUGUGGUGGCAACAAUCCAGAGUGCAAGGGCAUCAUCUACUAGGGGCCUAUAUGCCUAUAAAUGGCGGGCGUUUGAGCAGUGGUGUCAGGACCGAAAUGUACUCCCAUUUCAGAGUUCUAUUGUGGAUGUUUUAACAUUCCUUCAGGACCUGCUGGAUAAGGGUCUCUCUUUCUCAACAAUUAAGGUCUAUUUGGCGGCUAUAUCUGCAUGCCAUGUUGGCUUUGAUGGUGUGACGCCAGGCGCUCACCCUCUUGCUAUGCGCUUCCUAAAGGGAGUCCGCAGGCUAAGACCUGUUCUUAAACCCAGUGUUCCCUCAUGGGAUUUAGGGUUGGUGCUUGAGGCUCUUGGUGGACCCCCAUUUGAGCCUAUUGAGUCAGCAGACAUGAAAUUUCUUUCAUACAAGACUGCACUGCUACUUGCUUUGACGUCUGCAAAGCGAGUGGGCGACCUUCAUGCUUUGUCUGUGCAUCCCUCUUGUACCCAGUUCACUCCGGAUGGAUCUAAGGCUACAUUGCGUCCAAACGCGGCGUAUUUACCUAAGAUUAUCCCCACAGCCUAUAGCUCUAUGAGUUUUGAACUGCUGAGCUUCUGCCCCCCUCCAUUUGCAUCUGAGGAGCAGAGGAGGUUGCAUUCCUUGUGCCCUGUGCGUGCACUACGCACUUACAUAGACCGCACUCAGAGUGUGCGUUUAUGUGACCAGUUGUUUGUCUGUUUUGCUAAUCCAGCCAAGGGCAAGGCGCUGUCUAAGCAGCGGCUUUCCCACUGGAUUGUGGAGGCUAUCUCCUUAGCAUACGGCAGCAGGGGUCUCCCGUUGCCCCAAGGUGUGAAGGCACAUUCAACCAGAGGAAUGGCGGCCUCUUGGGCCUUGUUUAAAGGGGUUUCUGUGAGUGAUAUCUGCACUGCAGCCAGUUGGUCAUCACCACACACUUUUGUUCGGUUUUACCGUUUGGAUGUGACAGCACCUUCGGUGGCUCACGCUGUCCUUUCUGCUGGGUCUACAAUGCACUAAAAGUUUUGGAGGUUUGACUUCGGUUUGGUGGCUGCUCUGCGGGGCGUGUAUAUAUGUCCCAUACUAUAUGUGUUGUACCGAGUGAAUCGACUGAAAGGGAACGAAAUGUUAUGAAUAUAACUUCUGUUCCCUGAAGGAGAGGAACGAGGUACAACACUGGGUUGCCCCGCUGCGCGGCAGAGCUCGGUGAAGAGCGGCUAUCGAACUGAAGGAUGACUGUGGUGUUACACGUAUAUAUGUGCAGGCGGAGCCUCCCAGACGUCACCACAGAUCAUCUGCCUUAAAGGCGUGAAUAAAGGUGUCUUCAGUCAGGUCACGCAGGGGCGUGAUAUCCCAUACUAUAUGUGUUGUACCUCGUUCCUCUCCUUCAGGGAACAGAAGUUAUAUUCAUAACAUUUCGUUUCCUUGGAUGUUGAACUCUAUUUCUGUUCUACCAUAAAGCUGGUCCACCACCUGUAUAACCAAAAUAUACUCUCACGUUGCAGGCCUUGGCGUAAUAUGGGAUUUCAAGCCGAUAAAUGUAAAUGGUCUUCACAAAGGGGGGUUAGCAGCAAAGUUAAGUGGAAGCAUAUGUGCUUGUAAGCUCACAGUCUUAUUAUAGAAACCUCUGUGGCUCUGUGGAGUUGGACUCCGCUCGCAGAACAGACUCAACAACGUGAGACUUCAUAACUAUUAUAGACGAAGUCAGGAACAAACAGCAAAAUGGAAAAUCAGAAUCAUGGGGAGCGUGCGGUUGGCCCUUUCCCCCCUUUGUCUUUGAAAAUGACUCCACUGAGACGAGGCGGACUGUGAAGAGAGAAGCAGGCAGAGCCGUAACUCACAUCUAAUCAACAAGACAAACAGUGACAUAAGGGUCCGUCCAUGUGUUUACAAGUCAAUUCUGUUUAGUCUGUGUCUUCAUUAAACCGUUCUAAAAGUCUGCAAAUAAACAUCUAUUCCUUUUAAAUGAGCACUUCUGUUUUUAUCAUCCCUCUCCUUCUCUCUGGUUGACAUUUUGGUUGAAGUGCUUAAUUGGUGAACUGUAAAAAAGAAAGACGGAAAGCUCAACACUCCUCUAUUGUCUAAAGGGAUUAUUGUGGAUUGGUAGCCUCGCCUUAACCUCCAACUCGGGCGAGUAUCUUGAGAAAACUGCUCCGUUUGUUGCACGCAUUCUUUGUGUCUCUGGGUUGCAGCUGCAGAAUCUGUUGUUCUUCUGGGACGAGCACGCUCAUUUGAUGUAGCUGGUGGCCUGGAAGCUCUGGUAUCUAUUUUAGCCUGGAACUCUUGAUCUGCAUGAGCAUACCAGCUGCUCUGUGUUGAAAACAGCAAAGAUGCAUCCCAAAAUAUGAGUGUAAAGAAUGAAUUAAAUGUGGUUAUAUUCAGCGGUGAUUCGGCUGACCGGGACAUUCAGGCCAAGGCCAGAAUGUUACGCCAAAAAAAUGCAGCUGACUGAGGAUGUGGCUGCGGAUGUUUGUAUACAAUGCGUCAUAAAACAUAAUAGCACGUCUGUGAGAGUGAAAAAAUAUUCUUUAAGUGACUCUCACUUUACAGUCAGUCAUAAAUUCUUAGUUUCUUUUUUAACUCUUGACCAAAAAUCAAGUGAUUCCCAAAAUGCCAAAGCGAAACAUGAGUGUUGCUUGAAAAUAGAAAUAAAGGAUGCUCAUGUCUUCUCUGCUUUUCUUCCAGGAGAGGAUGCUGAGUCAGAGCGGGGUCAACGCGAGGAGUCGAGACGUAUUUGGGCUGCGCUGCCUACCAGGUAGGAUUAUGCUCUUACAAGCUAAUAGGGGUCUGAUAAUGGGAUGCACUUAGGGCUGAGCGAUAUGGGAAAAAGUUUAUCACGAUAUAUUUUUUCCAUAUCAGUUGAUAUCAGUAUAUAUCAUGAUAUAAAAAAAUUGUGUCUCUUAGACGUUUUGUUGAAAGGUGUUGUGCUAUAGAGAGUAGACAAUGGUCGGCUUUCAGUGCUGUCGGCUUCACGUGUUAAAGUGCUAUGGUUGCGUGUAACUGCAGCCUGCUACUACGCAGUUAUUUGCUACUUGGUUCUAAUUCAGCACAUCAUUGGUUCAGCGUGGCGCGGACCUGGAGCAACUCCCCUUUUCAUUGGCUGUUAGUAUAGUCUACCAAAACAUGACAGAAUGCAGACUACCGAAAAGGAUAUUGACGAUGUUUUAUAUUGAUAUUGAGGGAAAUUAAUUUUUGAUAUAUAUCAUUAUUGUUUUAUUGCCCAGCUCUAGAUGCACUAGUGGAGAACAUGGAAGUGUAUUUUUUAAUGGGUGGUAAGCUAACUACUGUAGUUUCAGUAUAAAUUAGUUUUUCAACAUUUCUUGUCAUGUCAGUAGAAAAAUCGGAUAUUUCUGCUGCUCUUGAAUUUUUCGCCUCAUAUUGAGCCUUUGUAUUUCCUGUUUCAGUUCCUUGCUCGGUUAUGAUGAGUCUUUUUUUGUCCGUGUUGUUGCCUGGCAGUGAUGCUUUCCUGACUAAAUUACUUGAACAAAGCACACUGUGCACACAACUUCCCAUUUCAUAAUCCCAGCAAAUAAAUAAAGCCACUCUAGCAAUAAACAGGUUGCUGCUUAACAUCACAGCCACAGCGUGUAAAGACAUGACAAAUUUAACACCUCACAGUAUUAACGUGAGUUAAAAACUGCAGCGCUGGUGCGAGAGAGAUCAGAUUGAAAAUGUCAACACUGAAUAACACAGAGGCAGAGAACCGCUGCUGCAUUCAUUGUUCUCUGUGGUUUGAAAUUCCCAGAUUGUACUCAUAGACACACCUGGAAUAGGAAUGUCACAGCAAGCAGGUGCUCUACUUUAGAGAUGGAAAAACAACCGCUGCUGAAAAGUUACACCAAACAUACAGAGCAGGACCGGAAAACUCAAACAUUUCUGUGGCUAAGAAUUAAACUUUCACACUCCAUCAUGAAAUGCUCUCACGUGUCUCUUCAUCACCGUUUCUGUCAUACAGUAUGUGACUAAUUUAGGUGUGGCAAAGCUUAUUAUGAUAGUUUGCAACAUGUGGGCUGAAAGCCACAGCAGAAUUAGACUUUUGUUUGCAGCAGCACAACCACUCAAGUACAUGACCUUUUUUUUAUUAACUGAGUACCUGAGAUAACUAAGCUAUAUUAUCAGGGCUCGACAGUGAGACCGUUUCACUCGCAUUUGCAACUAAAAUAUAUGUAUGUAAAUUGUAAAAUAUAUUUAGGGUCACACAUGCGCAUAAAAAAAUCAGCUGAGGCAACAAAUAUUUUUCAUGUAAAUACAGCGGUGAAGUUAGUUUUAGGUUGGAUACUCGAUGGACGUUCACUGAGGAUCUACUGGUGUCUUCUCACUCUCUAUAAACAGGAACGGCAACAGCAGCGCGGUUAAAUCUACGCGGCGUCCUCGCUGUUAACGUCAGGUGUUGAAUAAGGGACCGUCAAUAAAUUACGAGUUGAUGUUCUCAGAAAAGGCUGUUUUCUUUCAAUAGCUUCCAUGUCAUGUGACCAAAAGACUUAAAAUUAAUUUCAAAUAAUACUACUUAUGUCGACCAAUAAGACACAUAUUAUUUGAUCAAUUUUCUUUGUGCCCCUAAAGUUCUUUGUGUGCUCCUUUCUUUUUCAUCUUAGGAGCACAUGAGCUUGACACACAAGUUAGUGUCAAGCCCUGAUUAUUCUAUCAGUCACUGGCCAUUUUCUGUUUGUUCACAGCUUGUGCCCUUUGAUUAAGCUAUUUACAAAGUCUUGUUCUGACUAAAUGCACCCUUCAUAAGAGUGCAGAGAAAAAAUAUGUUUCAACCAAGUCUGGAAUUUUAUAAAGAACUGCAGGAGGUCAUGUCAACAUUAAAUACAUUUAAAUCCUUCUCAGGGUGUGUCCCUCAAAUGGCAAAACCCUCCUGCUGAGAAGAGUAAGUCAGUCUUUUCAACUCUGUCAACCCAAGUGAUCAUUUGCAGGAUGAUGAAGGGCCACAGAAAGUCUCUGCUGCUGCUGCAGCAGUAGUCUGAUUUAUUUACCUAACCUGGCCCUGCACAUAUCUUUGAGUCAGCAGCACCCUGCAGAAGCUUUUUAUUAGAGUAGCAGCAGAUUAAGAAGUCUUCCUCUGAGACGGGCUAAGCUGGAGCGCUGCAUAUCAGCAGUUACUCACAGCUUCAUCAGAGCAGAGCGAAUGUAAAUGAGUCUGUUUGUGUGUUUUUGAGGAAAACAUCCCACCCUCAGUUCAGUCUGGUAAUAAAGCUGCAGUAAUAGAUCAGUUAGCCUUUGUUUGAGAAAGAAUAGUGUUUCCAUCCAUUGACCUGCCAUCAGAACCGUACACAAACACACACAUUAGAGAGUGCACACAUGCUUUUGAGAAACACACACACUUCCUUCCUCCAUCUUAUUCACUUAGUCAGUCUAAUUUGUUUUCCAGCAGUGUGUUUUUAUCAAAUACUUUCCAGACUCUGUUCGUCUUUGACAACAAGCACAUUUACACACACUCACACACACAAACACACACACAAAUAUCCUAUUUUUAGCUCCUAACAUGUCACUGUAAAAUGUCGACUGUCUUUAGUUCACAUUUUUCCCCCUGCUGGCUUUCAGCCUCCUCUUCAUCCCCGACCCAGCCUCACUGCUCCUUUCUCUUUCCUCUCUUUCUGCAGCUCCAUUCCAGGCAGAUUAGAAACACAGCUGUCCAUGAAAACCUGUUUUAUAUUAAGAGAGAAAAAAAAGACAGAUGUGUCUUGGAAGAAAUUUCAGGUUUUUAGAAUCAACCUUAUCCUUUUUUCCUGUGCACCCAUUUUAGCUCCUCAUGAGCUAAAAUCUCUUCGUAGUUGUCUCUAAAUGCAGAAUUUGUUCCACGUCGGACAUGUUUUGGAACAGAUUUUAGAAAGUGAAAGUGAUCCUCUUGCUUUGUUUACACUGUGUGGAGCAAGUGUUGAGACAAUUUGUGAGAACAAGUUCACUUUCAGGUACAAAGGAGCUGCAAGCAUUACUGCACUGAGUGAAAGGGCUCACAUUGCACCUGCAGACUCUCUCUUUCUGUUUCUCUCUCUUACAGUCUUUGAGAAAGGAUGGGUCAUUUGUCAGCACUGCAGAUGAGGCGCAUUGUUCGAUCUCAUAUCACUACAGCACAGUCUGGCUGUUGUUACAGGAAAGGUUGACGGAGGUUUUUCCACCUCAAACAAGGAAGAUCCUCUGACCAGUGAAGAACGAAUCAAAAGUCAGAAUCAGAAAUAUGUUUGCAGAAGUCGUCCCCUUCACUCAGUAGUUAACGUGCGGCUCUGAGCGUCCGCUGCGUUCUCAUGUGACACCGCGACACAGGACCGCAGAAACCGAGCCGGCCUGCAGGAGGGCAAACAGGUCAGGACAGCUCAGACAGCCAUAGGUAGAUCAUGUACCUUUUCAAUGCUGCAGUGAGAGGAUAAGGGAGUACUGUCCAUUCACACACAAUGCCAAGAGGCCAGGACCCCCGUGGAGCAACUUCACAAUCCAUUUUUUCACCACAGUCUAACGUUACUGUGGGAUUAAAGGCCUGUCCAUCAGCUGUGCUCUUACUGAUUGAUGGACAAGAGACCUGAGAAUUGACAUUUGUAGAAUUGGGUUUCCAGCCUGAUAUUGUAAAGUAUUAAUUUGGCUUUUUAUAUAUGUUACAUGUGUUCUGAACAAAAAAGAUGUGUUACAAUUAUAGUGAAUGAAAUGAUUGUAGUUUCCAGCAGUGAAAGGGUAACUUAGUUUUGACAGAGCAGCUUUUCAGACACUUUUGAGGUUGAAAAAAGUUUGACUUGUUUUGUUUCAUUGUCGUAUGUGUGAAGCUGACUUAACACAUUAGUCAUUUCCAAACUGCUCUUCCUAUUAAUGGUAGUUGUAUCACAUGAAGGUUUUGGUUUUCUGCACGACAGAGCAGUGUUAUAGAGAAGUCCCAAACCAUGAGUGACUUUUCUGAUAGUCGUUGGUAAAAGAAAUAUCUUUAUCAGCUGCUUGUCUGUCUGUACAACCCUAGCCCCACAUUUAACCCAAAGUAACCCACCCUUGGUAUUUGCUCAUCCCCUCAGCGGGUUGAGGAGGGCAGGGACCUCUCUCUCUGCAUGCAGCACAGCUGAAAACGAGGAACAAAUGUUGCCGAAAACAAAUAGAAGCCGGGCUGAGAGCAUGUGGUUCAGAUCUUUCUCAGCAGACUUUUCUCAGGCUGAUCCUUCAGGUCGCUCUCUCUUUAAACCCCAGCCAGUGACCACAACAUCAACAGAGGCAGCUGAAGCACUAAAGAGGGGAGGAAAAUGAUGCUGUAUUUAUCCUCAACAGAGUAGAUGACACGCAAAAUAAGUUUUUUUUUAAGACUUUGUGCUUGUCGGACAACUUCCUCUAACUUUGAAUCUAACCCUCUGUCAGUGUUGAAAUAUGAUCAUUUAUGUUCAAGGGUUUUUACAUAAUUCAAAUAAUAGCUGUACAGCCAAUGUAUGUUUGAAUGAGACCUCAAAUAGAGAUAAAAAAUGUCGGUAAACACUGGAGUUUAGUCUGUACUGUAUGAAGCAUAUCUAUGUCAAAUGGAAAAAUACCUUUUGCUAGUCGGGUUCAGGGUAGGCCUGGGCGGUUUGGCAAAAAAAAAUGAUCACGAUAUAUUUUGUCAUAUCGUCCGAUCUCAAUUAAAGUAUCUGAUUUAUUAUCCCUGAGGGGGUGAUUUGUUUAUGUCGUCUCUUGCAUACCUGCAAAAACACUCAGGACUGUAAACUAGUUCACUGUAUUAUUUAGUAUUUAUCUACUUUUGUUGUACUUGUUGAAUUAAAAUGCUUUUUAUAUUUUUCGAAGUGUAUCUUAUUUAAUUUGCUUUGUUAUUUACUUGGUAUGUUAAUAGAAUGUUGAACUAAUCUCUAGUUUCUUUAGUUUUUUGUACAGAUACUUUAAAACUGGCAGUUUAAAAAAAAAAUCGUGAUAAUGAUCGAGAUCGGACGAUAUGACUAAAUAUCUUGUGAUCAUUUUUUUUACCAAAUCUCUCAGGCCCACUCCUCGAUCAAUCAAUGUUUCAACCAAACCUUUACUAUAAUGAGCUGUGUUUAACCUUUCAAAUGGAGUUCAUUAAAAGUCAAAUUUUCACAGUUUUCUGAUUGAGAAGAAAACACUUUACAAGGAACAGUGGACACUAACAAGGACAAUGGAGAUAUUUCAUGUUGACAUAUUUGAUAGAAUAGCAGUUUGGUAGAGCUGCAUGAUACUAUCAGAAAGGUUGAUCAUUUUAAUGUCAAACAGUUGUGAUUCGCUCUGCCAAUAAUCAAUGAAGUAGUAAUGAUAACAAUUUAUGGAUUUUCUUGUUUUUUGAAUAGUUUUUCAAUUCAGGACAGCAGAAGUUAAACACAAAGAAAAGCUUUUUAACUCCCCACCCUUGACAUAAAGUAGAAAAGAAAGCCUGUUGUGUAAAUAGGGUGAUUUGUUGCUUCUAUUGUUUUGUUGUUUGUUAGAGCUGCAAUAGAGCCAACACUCUGAAAAAGGCCUGUGUCAGACCCUGAAAAAUGUUCAGAAUACUAGAAGAAAGACUCUAAUGGGAAAAAUGAUUUACUUUGUAAUCUAAAGAGUGGAAGAUAAGUUCCACAUGACUCUGCGAGUUGUGCUGUGUCUGACUGGCUCCAGGAAGAACAUAAAAGAUUUUAUUUGAUUAAAGGACAACUGUCUCGUAAACACCUUCUCCUGUUCUGCUGACUCAUGCUGGGCUGAAUCACCUGCUACCACAAACUUCUUCUUCAAUUCCAGCUCUGAAAAGAGUGAAAACAGUCCCAGAAGCCUCUGGUUCCCUGCCUGUUCCCCUUGAACCUCCCAGCUCUCCAAUCAGCAGGCCUACAGGAAUGUUUUCGUUCCUGUUGCACCCUGGGGAGACAUUCAGACAUGGCACGCAGAGCCACAGAUUGUCCUCUGAAAGACAAGCUCUCCACAAGGGUUCACUUGUGUUCACUCUGCGAAGCAUCUGAAAUCUCUGCGAGCUCAUGUUGAUAAAUCCUGCAGGCAGAGGCUUUUUAAUGUUUGGAUCUGGGCGCUGUAAACGUAAUCAUAGAGUACGCCUGAACAUUCAAACUCAGAAAAUGAUAGUGUUAGAAUCAAAGCCUCUUCUUCCCCUCUGUCUUUCACACAGUGUAAAUAAGUGCUACAUGUGAGAAAAAUGACUGUUUCCUGUUUGUGCUGUGGUACCCUCCAAAACAUUCAUUAGGCUGAGAUUAUUCUGCAGAGACUCUGCUCUUAUUUUCAGUUUUCCUGUUGGACCGGCUUCCCCCAGGAAAAGAAUUUCUGUUUCCUCUUGAGUAUUUUUUUUUUUUUUCCAUUUUCGAGGAACCGGCAGGAUUUCUCCUCUUCUCCUCAUGAUAUUUUGAGUGAAUGUAAAAACAUUUGCGUGCCAUGUGUUUGGCAAACCUUCCUCUUGUUGUGGACAAAAAGGCCAUUUUCUCCACAUCUACAUUAUCCUGUUGCCAUGGAAACCCACAGUCGAGCUGGCAAAGUCUUUGUAGUCUGUUUUAAAUGUGCUGUCUCACUGCUGUGUGUUUUGGGGAAAGUAUUUGCUUUUUUUUGCCCUGAUCAGAGUGUUUGUGAAGAUCUAAGUUUAUUUGUAGGAGUUUGUUUUCAGUCCUGGAAUUUCAGACUCUAGUUGUCUCGUCCUCUAAACCUGUGAUGAGGAUUCUUUUUACUGUCUUUUCUGAAUUAAAGUACAUAAAGUAUGAAUUUAUAUACAUGCAAAAUGAUCAAAACUGCUGGAUAUUUCAUCUUGGGUUUGGGUUCUGUCCUUGCAAAUGACAUUUAAAAAAAUCUAGAAAGAUCUGCACUUCACUGCAUGUUGCAAAUAGAGACAAUCUGUUUGUCCUCAGGGGGAGCUCUGAGAGUGAAAUGUUAUUUUAUGAAAAUAAAAGUCAUCCAUGAUUAAAUAAAAAAAGAUUCUAUGAUAAGUUUGGCAAAAAAUUACAGCUAAAUAAACCACAUUUACCAUCUGAUAUUGUUAUUUUAGUGCAUUUGUACUUACUGUAAAAUAUCCACCAUCUCGAUAACCAUCAGGCUCUGGUUUAGGCCUCUCUAUUAUCUGUAAUUCAUUGCUAACAGCUGCAUGAAGCAUUACCCCUCAUAUACUGUUUAUUUUAUGUAAUAUAGUGUUUUUACAAUGUUGAUAGAUGCUGUAUUUUACCUCUUUAUCCAGGCUUUUUAUGCUACUUUAAUUGUUUGAGCGAGGGGAAGGGGAUCUUUGACCUGCACAGAGUAUGAAAAAUUAAACUGUUUGUUGUCCGACAAUGUGAAGCAAAAAGCAACAACUUGUUGAAGAUAAAUGUGAAACCCACUUCUUGUUGUCUACUCUAUGUGAGCUUCCUUUCUGCUGAUUCUGUCUGUACACUUCCUGUUAUGUAUCCUUAUUAGCAGCCCAACAAACACCCUCAGUAAGACCAUGUAUAGGACAAAACAAAAACUACAUAACAUACAUUCCUUUUCUUUUGUCCUCACCAGGGGAGUGCGUCCUUCAAAGAGCCGUGAUGGUGAGGAAGAAGUUGACUGCGAGGGAAGGAAGAGGUUGGGUGUCUGGGACUCUCUUCUGUACCCACUUCAGAGUGGCUUUCGUGCCCCAGGACAGUCCCAAACCUGAUGUGAGUCCCUCCCUGUAGCUUUUUUAGUCAUAUCAUAAAGGAUUGCUUAAUUUUCUGUGUAAAGAGCAUGUCAAAGUACAAUACUGACAUGACAAGAGCAAAAAUCAGUUUCUUCUUUCACAACAUCAAUAAUGCAGGACAAUGCAGACCCAGUGCUCCUCGGAGAUCAUGAUGUGGCUUUGGCGUCCAUCGAGAAAGUUGUGGUUGGUAAGUAAAACUGACUGCCAACAGUAAAACUCAACAAAUGUUUUCAAUUAAGUUUUUCAAAUUAAUUUCACUCUGAAGAUUUAUGGGCAAGUGUUACUUUGAUGCAACCCUCCCUGGCUGGGUAUAAUUACAGACUAGUCACACAGUAUGACAUGUUUUUUUUUUGUUUGUUAUGAUAUUCAAUAAACUUUGUAUUACUAAUGAUGUAGAUGAAAGCCAUUAACUUGCAUAGAAAAUUAAGGUCUCUGGUGAAAUUCAGAUUGAUAGAGAUCUUAAAGGGUUUCUAGCUGUAAUUUGUAAAUUUCCUGUUGUGAUUGAUCUGGCAGCACAGAUAGUUGCCAUGGUAACAGUUUUAAUAUCACAGCAAACACUCAAGAAGCCACUUAGUUGAAAAACAACAGGAGGGCAAAAAGUGAAUCUCUUGAAAAUCCACAGCUCAAGUUCUGACCGAGAUUUUAGUCAAUUAUAUCAGAGCCUGUCAUCUGUAAUCAUAGACUGUAUAUAGAAUGGACGCCGUCUGCCUCCUCUCUGGGUGAAGCCACUCCGAGAACAGCACCCUCUAUUGAUGGGCUGCAGUACAGGUCACAAAUCCUGCCUCAGCCAGCAAAGCUUAUGGAGCUGUGGACAAACUGUAUAAAUUAAUUACACAGAACAUGAAUUUUUCUCCCCACUGGUUGUGAUGUUGACAUGUAGUUACUGUGAGACUGGUUUGUGCUCAAGUCAAUACGCUGUUUGAGCCAAGCGUCAUCACAGCGACUCUCGGUGACUCUCCUGCCGAAUCCGAACAACGCUACUGCGCAAUAUUGGUUUUAGGAAAUAAAGAAAAAUCGCAGAAAUACCGAGAGCUUUUUGGCUUCAAAUCCGUAUAAUGGUGGGAGGCGGAACCAAGUUGUCCAUACAGUAUAUGGUGGUAAAGAACUGGUUUGGUUGUUUUUUUAACACAAUAUCUAUGAAAGUUUAAACUGAAGAUGAUUUAUGUUGUGUGGGAGGUGAUCAAAUCUCACAAAAGUCAAAGGAUUAAAAACAAUUUUAAAGUUACUUUUAACACCCACAUGAGACAUUUAAGGGGACCUUUCAUGCUUAUCUAUAUUCUAAUACUUACAUAUAAUGUUGUAAUGUACAAUGUUUAUAAAGUUCCAUAAUACAGAUGUUGGUGUGACACCCGCACAUGUUUUCCUAGUUAUCAAAACAGCUUGUUUCUACUUAGGGUCACAUUCUGAUGUCAGUUUGUGUCAUCCUACUGGUAACAGGUCUCUCUUUAAGUUAAAAUGAUUGUACACACACGUUGAAACAGAUGAAUUAAAAUGUUUAAUGGUGAGGUAGUCCAUGCUGUGCGCUAUGACAGCCCUUAUACAGUAGAUCUAACCUAUACACUGCUAGUCUGUAAGUAUACAUGUAAUCUAUACUCUGGGCUCUUUGGCUCAUGACCUGUAUCUCUGUUUAAUCUUUAAUGGAACCUCUUUCCCUUCUUCUGUUCCAGUGGGCCCGAACAGAACCAAGCUGGUCACGCCUAACUCCUCGCUGAAGUUCACCCCCGAGGAGCUGGUGCUUUACUGCAGGGACAUGCGAGUCAUCUGCUUCCUGUUUGACCGCCUCACUCCAGACCCACAAGUCCUAGAGGUGAGUGUUUGUCUUUCUCUAAUGUUUUUAUACUUUUUUUCCUUUCAAGAGAUAUGUGCUUUGGGUACAUGCUGCUGCACAUUUCAGUGUGUGUUUGUGUUUUUGGCUCCGAUUCAAGUCUCUGGUUACCAUCAGAGUGAUUAUCAUUUAUUUCAGAGACUGAUCCUAACACAGACCACAGAUCAAUGACUCUGCUGUGCAUUAAUGUUGAAAGCUGAUGACCUUUGUCAUGUUGAUGGACUUGCUGUGGUUUCCCUCCUCAGAUAACCUACACCAUCGCCAAGACCUACCAGCCUCUCAAACCUGGGUCAGUGUUAUCUUUCCAGAACGCUGCUCUGGGGAGCGUAGGUGAGUAGAUAAUGUAUGCGCCCUUAAUGUAUACAGCUUAAUUCCUUUCCUGGCGCUGAUACAGAUCCUCAUCAGCUUGUCUAUCUACUGUAUAUACAGCCACAUGGGUACUGGAGAAUACAGAGAGAUACUCAAAGGGCUGUUCUCUCUUUACUCGAUUGGACCCCUUCACAUAGAUUUACGUCUCUUCUUUAGAGCUUAUCACGUUGUGCUCUUGCAUUACUCUUUGUGCUUUUUAACACAGCGGAUCAUUAACGCUGAGCACAGCAUUAAUUACAGCAGGCGAAGAGGUGAACCUCUGCCCUCGGUACAUCAGGUGAUCUUGAGGUCCAUUCUUAUCAGCUGACAGCUCAGCGGAUGCCUUCAGUGCAUCAAGCGGGCAAAUGUCAACAUGGACAUAUAUAAACUGAUGCAGCGUGUCCACACUCACAGCUUCCUUUACAAACCACUGUGCAACCGCCUCCACUUCAGCUUCCUGUUUUCACACUGUGUCAGAUUUUACUCAUGUCUUAUGUAACCUGCUCUGUUCUGUACUCUGUGGGUCUUUGCUGCUGCUCUCCCUGCCUGACUAAUAUGAAUAAUUCUGUGAGGUCGGCAUCCAUUACUGCACUGUGCACCCUGCUAGUGUGAACCUAGACCAAAGAAUAUAGCUAAGGAGUUGAAUUAGAGUGUUUUGGACAUGCCUUUGCUCUGAAUAUUAGUGGUAUAGAAACAUUUCUGACUUUAUGAUCAUAAGUUUUCAUCAGUAAUCCUUUCACUCUUUCUUUUCUUCCUGUGCAUGUCAAACUGUGUUGAAUAUUCACGAUAUAACAGCUCAGUGAAAGUGAGAAUCAAAAGCCCACAUGGAUCAGAAGCGCAGUGUGAACGUGUUAGCUCUGUGAUGUUCUUGUUUUCUGCAGCCUGAAAAUGUCUCUCCCGGUGUGCCUCCGUCCAAUCUGCUCUCCAUUUGGGUUUUUAAUAUUCUCCCAAGCUCCAGGGAGAAUCAGUGUUUGUCGUUUACUCCCGACUUUAAUUCCGUUUCAUCUAUUUUCGUUUCUGUUUCUUUCUAUUUUCAGUCUUAUCAUCACACUGACGUUACAAAUUCUUGAAACGGUAGAGAAUAUUAAACAGGAAACAUAAAUGGAAACUGUAAUGACUUUAAAAAGCUCACAUCCUCCUCGGUUAGCAAAUUUGGAAACAUUCCCCGCCAUGAUGACACAAUGAAAAAUGAAAAACUGGAACCAUGACCAGAUGUGGGGAAAUCUCUCUCCGGUGGUUUUGAGGCCGAGGAGACUCAAAUUUUAAGGUCUGGUUUUGACAGUGAUUUAAAAGUUCAAUUUAUGAAACAUUCCGGCUCCGUAAUUAAACAUAAUUAAGUGCUGAGAGGAAGAACCAGACCCUGGAAACCCUUUAACAUCUCACUGUGCUUGUACGCUUGGUUACGAUCGAACGAUUGGCUGUUCAGUCAGACCUUAUAGAGAAAUACGAGCCGGCUUUUACAGUACAUUAUGCUAUGUUAAAGCUACGCUAGGCUGACCGGGCUGUGAGUGACUGUCAGCUGUCGGAUAAAUAAUGCAGGGCCCCCUCUGGAACAAAUCUCUAGAUGACCUCCAGUUCAACUCUGCCCCACGGGUCAAGUGUGUCUGGUGGUGUGUGGUCAGUGCUGCCGAAUGCAGGACUUGAAAACACCCUCGGAUUUGAUUCUUGCUGCCGCUAAAGGUCAUUCAGUAUUUCUGAAUCAUUUUGAAUGUUGAUGGUUUUGAAUGUUUGACGUCUUCACUCCUCUGCGAUUUCACACCAACGAUUAGGUGUCGAAGGAAAGAGGAACUGAGUCUAAGAGUUUAUGAAAAGGCACCUCACACUCGGCUGCGUCUGCUUGCUGAAUAUUUCAGUGUACAACCAUCUUUAAUUCUGUCUGAGGGUGUUGCACUUCAUCUUUUCCUCAGUGUGAGCUGCAGAUUAUUCCACAUAUCAAUCAGUCAAUCAUUUGGGCUGUAAAAUGUUUGAAAAACAGAAAGCAGAUCUUUUGAAUAGCUGGUUUUGCUCUAUGAUUAGUUUGCAACCUGAAAUAUUUUCUGCUCGCAGCUUUCUUAAAAACCAAAAUGGAAAAUCCUUAUCUAGUAAAUGGUUUUCAUUUAUUAGCAAAGCUCAUUUCAGCUGUAAAUCAGCUCCACUUAAUGAUACAUAUUAUUGUGCUGUUACUUAUUUCCAAUGACCCACUGUUUUAUUUCCUGAAUGGUCACCCCUGAUCCCUCCAUUUAAAGGCUUUAAGCAUCAUUAGCCGUGUUUCUGCUCAGAACAUCGGAGCAAAAUCUGCACUCUGACACGACAUAUUUACAGCCUCGUUUCAACAAAAAGUUCUCAUUCAUUCACAGUGUUUUCUGUCACUUCUCCUCCCCCAGAAAUGAAGCAGUUUCUUAGCAACCGUCCGCGGAAUGCCCACAUGAACUGGUACGAGUCCGUCCCAGACUGGGAACAAGAGCUGGAGAGGUGCGGGGCCACGGGCUGGAGGGUCAGCUCGGUUAACGAUCGCUUUGAGAUGUCCACCAGGUAAACUCGCUCUACGGGUGAAUUAAAGCCGACGCCUCCUUGUGUCUGUUUGUGUCUUUGGAGAAUUUUCAGGUUUCUUUGGUACUCUCUCCACACGUUUACUGAAAACUUAUAAUGUAAAAAGAGAAGAAAGAUGAAAUGCAACAGUGGAGUGAGGUGAAUGUAAGAAAACUCCUGGAUAAAGGAAGUUUAUGCAAAGCAUGAAUAAAUUUGGGAACAACAGGCCAUGCAAAAAUUCACAAUAAAGAAAAAAGUUCAUGAGUUCAAGAGGAGUCUCCAAAGUCGGUGCUCUGAACACCAAAAUCUCAUCCUCACUGUUUAUUUUCUGUCAACGAAACCAAGUAUCUCAUCUGUCUUUUCUCAGCCUGCCUCGGUUCAUCGUGGUUCCACAGAAGGUUUUAGACACUGAACUCAAGAAAAGCUUCGCCCACUUCAACGAAGGACGCAUCCCUGUGAGUGCACUGUUAGGAACCAUUUUAAUACUGGUUUAUUUGUAUGAGACCAAUCGACUGAGCUGAAACUCUAAAAGAUUUAGUACAGCCAAUAACAUCAAAAGUGCUGAGUUUCAGAACAAAAGUACAUAUAUUUAUAUAUGUAUUCCCAAAAUGAGCCCUUGCUACUCCCAAGAGUGUAUUAUGUGCUAUAAUAGAAAGAUAUUUUUGUUGCAGUCAUCUUUAAAGAUAUGUUUCUCCUUUUUAUUAUCAUUCCUGUGACACAAAUUACAAGAUGAGCACAGAUGUGGUGAGGGCCUUGGGGGGAUAUUAUCGCCGUGAACGUGUUAUUACAGAGGAUGAAACUGUGUUUUGUGCCGCAGCGCUGGAGCUGGCGACACCCCCGAGGCAGCGAUCUGCUGCGAAUGGCCAGUUUCCAGAACAACAUCUACCAUGAGAAAGAUGAUAUCAGGUGUGUGAGGGUUUUUUUUUUUAUUGCGUACGUCUUUCAGUGUCUGUAAAUAUGUUUGAAGAUGCUUAAGCGUCACUGUCAGCGGUGGUUUUGACUGUAAAUACCAAAAGGAAAAUCACAGCUCACAUUUGACAAGAAGAGCCAUCAUUGAAAUCUCUUUAAAGCAGAUCCAAAAUCUGGUUCAGAUAAAAACAUAUUGCUAUAUUUUAGGAGGUCUGUUUCCACUAAGUAACAAAGAAGAGACAGGCUCUGUAGUGAAACAGUGUUACAGAAAAGUUGUUUUGUUGUGUUUGAGAGAUAUUCAGGACAUAUGAAACCAAAUAAACCACAUAAACCAAAUAUUAGCCUACACUACACUGCAACUGCAGCUUGAUUUGUCGCCAAAGGAGCUUGAGUAUUCAGUGUAAAAGCAGCUUGAAGUUAUUAUGACAGGCAGUGGUUUUUGUAUUAAAGAAAAAGAAUUGAUGGUUUGGCUACUGAAAAAAUCUGAUUAAGAUUAGUUUAAAUUUGUGAUGCAGGUUUGUGCAGCAUUUAAAAAUUUGCAGCAAAGGGAAGUUUUGUGACAAGAUAACUUCCAGAGUGAUCAAUCUUGAGAGAAUAUGUUGACAACUGUGCUCCUGCUGAUUGUAGAAACCUGGAGAUGAUCCUGUUUGGAUGCCAGUCUUCCUUGUGUGUGGUGGUGGAGCUGGGAGAGGAGCUGCCUUCGCCUGCAGAUAUCCAGCUGGCACACAGCCGCCUCAGGGCUCUCUGUUUGGGAGGUAGGAGAAAGACUUCAUACAUCCACAACAAACGAACCAAUAUGAACCAGCACACGGCACAAAUGGGUUGUAGAGAAUUAAAAAAAAAAGAAGCAGCCGAAAUGUUUUCUUUUUUUUUGAGUAAAUAUAUGAUAUAUAUUAACCCAACUCCAGCUCUUAUUUUAUCUGAACACGGUUACUUUUAAUCUAUGUAAAUCAAGGAUAAGAUCACCUCAGACUUGUGACUUUAAAAUGCUCUGCAAACCAACAAGCAGUCAAUGACUUUUGCACAAAAAUCUGUGUUGAUUUCACUUCUUUAAUUGUCAUUAAUUCAUUUUUCAUUUGCUUUCAUUUUGUUAAAUAAAGGUUUACAGAAGCACUUACAUUUCACAGUGUUCCCCCUUGACUAUUUAUCUACCCCCUUGAGCAAAAACAAAACACAGAGGGUUUGUUUGAACCUUUGAGGGUCUUUGAAUAUUCUCCAAAAAUCAAAUUCGAUGUGAAUUUUAACAAACAUAUAAUCUCCUUUUUUGUAGGGUUAUUUUGAGUCAUGAGCACAAAAAAACAGGCUUUGUCAGAAAGCCUUUAUUACUGUUUUUGUCAUGUCGGCACACACAGCACAUUCCACGGUUAAGUAAACAGAGACGACUGAACGACUCAUGGUUGUCUACAACCGUCAGCCCUGGAACUGAAAUGCUGACCUUUCUCACACCGACUCUGUCUCUCACUCGCUCCUGCACACCAACAAUGUGUAAAGGUCACCGAUUAUCACAGCUCACACAUUUGUUGGCUCUGCUUUUUAUCUUUUGUGGGUGAGAACCUCACAGCUCAGAGGAUACUCGUGUUAAAAACAGCCUUUCACAUGAAUUCGGUCGGCUGAGCAUCUGUGGCUUUUGGAUUGGGAGAACAAUCAGACAUACAACACAGACAGACUCUGAGGAUUGUUUGAAAAAACUAAUCCCUUUUAGCAUGUAUGGAAUUUCCAUCAAGAAUCCCAUUUAAGAUGUGAAUGCUUAAAGAAAAAUCUGCAGUAUGAAGUUUUUGAAUGAAUAUAUUUGAAUGUGAGCUGUUUGAUUUAUUAGUUUUCAGGUUAGAUUUUAAAUUGGAAAAAUGACAUUUUGUCAUUAUUAUGUUGACUUUGAUAGAGUGCGUACAGCUGACGUAAAUGAAACUUUGAAAGGCCUCAAAGUAGGGCUGGGCGAUAAACCAAAUAUUUACCGAUACAGAAAUUUAUGACAAUAACCAACGUCAUUUUGCCCAUAUCGGUAUAUUAGGUGUCAAAAAAAUGGAGAUGGAGGACGGUUCAAAAGUUGUAGCGGCUUAAGUUAGACAAAGUUAAUGUGGGAGGGGGUGAGCAGCUUGUGGAGUAGUUAUCGUCCAUUUAUCGUUAACAAGGUGAACUGCUCAAUAUAUCGUGAUAAUGAUUUGAGGCCAUAUCGCUCAGCCCUACCUCACAGACAAUCUCCAUAUUGAAUAUUUAGUAGCAAACAAUAAAUAAAGACCUGUGCAGAACUCUCAUUUUUAAUUGAUAUUAGCUUCAGUGAUUUCUGAUAAGCAUUGUUAAAGCUGGUGUUCUUCAGGUCUGUUCACACCUCAUAGUUUUGUCUGCAACUGUGUCUCACUCCUGACCUACAUUUCAGCUGAUAACCAAAGACUCUUUGAUCUCUUUUGGUGACAUGAAAGUCUGAACAUGAUGUGUUGUUUUCUGCUUUGACUUCUAGAUAUCUCCACGUCUGUGUCGGUGCCUGAUGACAAAUGGUUAUCUACCCUGGAAAGCACCCACUGGCUAGACUACACAAGGUAACGGCUCUGAUUGGCCUGUCUGUGAUACGGCUUUUGAUGCUUGUUUAGACCUGUGCUCUUGAACUUGCUGAGGAAUUUCAAGGCUGAGAUCUAUAAUAUCAACUCAGGACUUUGGAAGUUUGCAUGAGGGAAGAUAUCUGGAGACUUAGGUUUUAAAUGUGAAGCCUCUUAUUGUGAGCUUUUGAAAUCAAGCCUCAUGCUUUUAUCAAAGUAAAAAGAAAAAAAUUAUAAGUAAAACAGCAAAUAUAAAACCUGUAAUGGAUUAGAUAACUAAAGGGAAUCUGAUGAGGUUUACUCAACCCUCCUCUAUCGACAGGUCCUGUUUGAGGAAAGCUUCAGAGGUAGCCUGCCUGCUCCGCGGCGGUCACCUGACUGUGGCACUGCAAGGUGAGUCAUGUGACACAGACCUCGGCUUAUAUUAUUCAAUACAUUCAUUAUUCAUGGCUCCUCCCUCUCAUUAAACCCGCACUAGGGCUUACCCUGCAGUAGCCAUGUACCAGCGACAAGCACACUCCACUGAGUCUACAUGCAGCAUGUCAAUAAGCCACUGAGCAGCAUGCUUCAAAGACGUGUCCACAGCGUGCUGCAGCUGUUGUGUUUGAUCGGAUAGAUAAGCUCCCUUUAAGAGGACAUGGAAAACAAGAAAGUAUUAUGAAAGAUUAAUCAAUAGAGAUCAAUUUUAGAGUCAUAUAUAGAGCAAAUAUCACUUGUGUGGUCUGAAACAUUCUUACACUGAAUCAUGUAUUGCUCACAGAACUGUGGCAGACAUGAGGUUCUGUAUCUGCAGACCAACAAAUACAGGCAACAAAAGUUCAUCCUGAGUUAAAAGCAGUCGUUUAAAAUUUAAGUAGAACAAACAAGUCUGAAGAACAGAAGAACAUGACGUAGUUCCUGCAUUAAACUUCAAGAUUUUCCUUUUUGAAGUUUACUGAAUUUACAAAUGAGGUUCGGGGACACUCAUGAGCUCCUGUCAGAGUGUUAAGAGUCAUUCAGUGUGACUGUGUGGAAAAACGGAGCUGCUUGACUGUUGUUUGUUGUGAAGUCGAGGUGUCACUGAUCACCACCUGGCAGAGGGUUGUAUCAGGUGGUGGAUAACACAGGAGGACAGGCCAGGUGAACCCAAACAUGAAAUGAAGGUGACCUCAGGCUACGUCCACAACUUUAGAUUUUUAUAUGACAAAAUUCAUCAGGCUGAUAAAGCUGCUAGAAGUGAGUACAGUACAAGUUUUAGCUUUCAAGUAACUUAUAAGUAUUAGCUUUUAGUCAAAGUGUUUUUCUCUGAACCUCCUAACUUGAAAGUUUUCAAACUGGAACAGAGUCAGCAUUGUUUCCUGAAGUUUCCCUUUAAGGAGCUGAAAACUGAUGAAUCAGAACUCUGAGUUAAAAUGACCCGAUGAACUGUGUUGUUAUUGUUUUGACUCCUGGAGUAAUUAUAGUUUAGGCUACAAACCGAUGACAUUAAUAGUCAUCUAAGAAGAAGUUAGAAUAAAGGAAUGAUUCAAAGUGAUAAAAAUGACAUGUCAUGUCUGAUUUUACAGACAGUAGGCAGUUAUUGACCUGUUAUCAUCACGUCUGGCUGCCUGCGGUGAAUUCAUAAACACACAGACAGACCCAACACGGCAUCAGUCAAACAAUGACCGAGUUCAGCUCAGGAUGUUUACUACUGACUGCUGGUGUUUGACUUUCUCUGCUACUCUGCAGCUGUAAGUGACUAACAACAUGCCUGUUUAGCUAAGAGGAUCAUAUAUCAGACCGGCUCGAAGUCUCCUCGGUUGCAGCAGAUCUGUCACCGGUCGGAUCAGCACAAAUACCCCACUGCAGAAAUGACACAAAAACUCUCUCUCAGUGUGCCGCUCCCUCUUCCUCCUCUUGUUGUGUCUGGCACCGAAUCUUUAUCUUUGUCAGCUUAAUUCUAAUCUGCAGGUCUGUCUAACUAAUGUUUUUUUUAUCAGUCUGUCUCGCUGUCUCUGCAGUUGAGCAGAAAAUGAGCCCUCGGCAUGAAUAAAAGCAGGAUUAAAUAGAGGUUGUAAAGUAAUGGGCUGUGUCGCCCUAAAACUGAAAAGCAUCUUAGCCUCGAGAGCAGAAUUGUAACAUGGUUGAAUCAAACAUUUCAUAAUGGCGUACACAACUUAUGCAAUUCAUGUAUGUUUAUAAUGUACACAUAAAACUUGCCAAAGACAUAAUAAACAGAGACCUGUAGUUUAUGUUUGAUCGUCAAAGUGUGUGUUUGCGGUUUUAACAUGUUCUCCUCUUGACUCGACUCCACAGAGGCCGACGACAGGGACAUGAGCUGUGUGAUCUCCAGCUUGGUGCAGGUGAUGUGCGACCCCCACUGUCGAACCCAGCAUGGUUUCCAGAGUCUGGUGCAGAAGGAGUGGAUCAUGGCCGGCCACCGCUUCUACAGCCGGAUCAACUACCACAGGGAUAACGACAAGGAGGAGGUGAGAGGACAAACUGCAGACAUUCAGAUCUGUUAAUUCUGAGAAAAAAGGUUUAGAAGCCACUUGCAAAGGUAUCAUGUUGUAUUUCCCCGUGUUCAGCCUUCAAUUGUUUUAUUUUAUAGCAUUGCUUUUAAAGCGCACCUGUAACAGAAAUAGCAUGUUUGCUUACUCACUCACUUCCCCCCUCCAGGCUCCAGUCUUCCUGCUCUUCCUGGACUGUGUUUGGCAGCUGCUGUCCCAGUACCCCUCUCGCUUCCAGCUGACAGACGACUUCCUGUUGGCUUUGCACGACAGCAUCCACCUGCCACUCUUCUCCAGCUUCCUGGCCAACUGCCAGCGAGAGAGAUGCAAACGCUCCCAGGUAAUGCUCACCUGAGAGGGAUUUGGCAUCUCAUGCCUCAUUACAGGACUUUGAGGGGGGCUAAUUGCUGUCCAGGGAGAUGUUUGAUUAGAAUAAGAUAAUGCAUUAUCACAUCAUAAGUAGUAGAUUUACAUAAACGUAGUAGAUUUACAACAGAGUACCUUUGCUGUGAUCUGCUCUUCACAGCAUCUCGGUCAGUCCUACACACCUGUCAACGGCUGGAGAGACAUGCUUCAUCCGGACUCUUCCUCCGAUCCAUCUGACCCCCCUCUCCCCCCAGUCUGGGACUGGGCCCUGCAGUACAGCAAGUCCAAACAAGACCGUUUCACCCAACCCAUCCCCCCAAUCCCUCCACUGCAACCGCUGCUCAACGGCAACCUCAACACCAACCCAGACACACACAGGGUGAGUGAGGCUGUUCGCUCUCCAGUGAUACAACACACCCUCUAGUGGUCAUGCAAGAGACUCUGAAUUUAAAACUCUGCAUCUUAAGACACGUUGACUUUAUUGAAUUAUUGUUGCUAUGUUUCAAAUGUGUGUCAUAAAAAAAAGUCACCUCACUUGUACAAAAUUAUUAUGAUGUUAGAUUGUUGUUACGCUCUUGCUGCACCAUUUUGCUUGUAUGACGUCUGGAGCUGUUCUCAGUAAGAUGAGCUCAGUAUAAGUGAAGAGUACAGUAAUGAAGAAGUUACCCUCAGAACAAUCAGGGAGGGAAGAAGGCAAGUGUGGAGCUUAAAGGAUGGUUUCUCUACUGCUUAUCAAUAUUAACUCAGAGAAGCAGUUGGCUGGAGGUGGGGGGGUAAAUACCGAGGUAUUAACACCGUGUUGACCAGCUGCUCCUUUCAGAAGUGGGCAGCUGUAAGCACAGCUGUUCACACCUGGCUGAAUCGUGUGUCUCCUAAUGCCUCUGCAGUAAUCAGAGGUGAUGGAAUCUCACCGUAAAGCUCCAUAUGCAAAUAAACACAGAGGCUGUUUACACUCAUUAGCCUCUGAAACUGAAGAUAACUAUGAAUGAGUGAAGCACAGAGAGUGAGAGGGUUAUGGUCAGUGGUACAGAGGAGCAGGUGAUGUCUUGUUAUACUGAGUUUAAGGUUCUUUGACAGUUUUGUAGGACAUCACAGCUGACUGGAGUCUGUUUCCUUUGACACAAAAGACAGAUGAAAAUGUAACAGUGAUGAUGGCAGCAGAGGUUUUUUUUUUUUUAGUUUAAAAUCUUUUGAGUUUUUUAAUAAUUAUCAAAUAAAUUUUAUUUAUUACAUGCUUUUACAGGUGCUCAAAGACGCUUUACAAAAAAACCCACAAUUUAAAAUACAGAAAAUUUUGAAUAAUAAGACCAACAUCAUAGAAGGUUAAAAAAGACACAAUAUGAAAAGACAAAAGAACAGAUUCACAGGUUAAAAGCCAAUUUAAAAAGGUGUGUUUUUAGUCUCGGUUGGGUUUGGGGAGUGAAUUCCAGAGGGUGGGGGCAGCAGCGGAGAAGGCCCCGUUCCCCCCUUAGUUUUUGUACUGCAUACACCUAAAUACUAAAUAUAGUGUUAUUCCAAUAAGGUCAUCAUGCCUUAAACAGAGUUCUUUUGGUUUGCACUGUUCAAAGCAACACCGUUUUUUAUUCAAUAUUUUUUCAGUGUCAUUUUGAAAAUUAGGAAUCAGGAAACAUAGAGCACAUUUACAGAUUUUGUUUAGUCCUGCUGAAGCUGCUUUCAUUACUUAGCGUGUGUGCAUCAGGCCACUGCGCCCUCUACUGGUGAUGAUAAAAUUAGCAUCCAAUCUAAAUGGACUCCAUGUGGGCUGUUGUUCAUUAUGUUGUCUUGUUGCUCACUGUAGUGAUUUAAUUCCCAUCUGUGGUGAGAGAAGUGCAGAGAAAUGACGAAGGGAACAUAAUCAAUUGAAUCAAUUAGUGUUGAAAAAGACACCAUCAGUCAGUGCUCGUUACACUUAAUGGCUUCCUGUGCAGAAGAAGACUUCAGCUUGUUACUUCAGUGUAAACUCCAGUAUUCAGGGUUCCUUUCCAGGCUUCUGUGACUUGCGCAUGCGCAUGCGUCUGCGUCGUAUGACACCCGGCCACUUCUCUCUCAUGUGACCAACUUUUUAACCCAUUUUAACCGGUUUUAAACAACUUUCGAGACUGCAUUUUAAGAGUUUGCUGGCUUUUAAGUUGAGCUUUUACUGUUUAUGGGUUUUUAUUUUAUUUUAUUUUGUUUCAUCUGUCGUAGCAGAGAGAAAGAGUGCAAGUUCCUGCAAGCCACCGUUUUUAUUUGGUUUUGAAAGGUUAUGAUCGCUUUUAACAUUUUGUUCCUUGAGCAAAGGAGUAUUGCUUUUACUGGAUUUGAUUGUCAGCAACUUUUUCUAUCACUUUUUCCCUUCAGCUCACCGACACCAUCCCCGGCUCAGUCUUCCUCCUCUCUCGAGGAACCUUCUCCUGCCCCGCUAACCUGCUUCCCUGGCGCAGCAGCGGCAGCUCAGGCGUCUACAAGAAAAGCCACCGGAGGGCAGCGUCCUCUGAGAACGUCCCCGGUCUGGAGAGGCUGCUGAAAGCUUGGGCUCUUACUGACAUUCCUCAAGGUUUCACUUCCACCUCUGGACCUCAAGGACCACUUGACCCAUAUGAGCCCCUACUGCCUCAACUCAUAGGGCCCUGCAUGGGACUGUGGAGGGAGUGCUACCUCCGAGGGGCGCUCCAUGCACAGGUAUGUUUAAAGAUUAUACAACAGUUUUCAGAUAACAGUACAAAUAAAAUAAACAGAGUAAUCUCUACAAGAGGAAUGUGGACCACGCCCUUUUGUUAGUCGAGCUCCAAGAUGUCAUUUUUCUGAUAUCUUGUUCUGUAUGUGACCGUUUGAGAAGCAGAAAAAGAAUGAGAGGAUUUGUUCUGAUUUAUGUUUUUGAUCUAAAACUAAAUCAAAGAUUAUAAAGUGAAGUUAUGAACCAUAAACACAAAAAAAUCUAUCAGACGUGGACUAUUUAAACUGUUUAUUUUGCCCCAUUAGUCACUAGUGUUUGCCAUGACCUCAGCAGAAUCAGUGAGUUUCUACCUCAGCCUUAAAGGGAUAUUCCGGUGUAAAAUUAAUUUAGGGUCAAACACACAGUAACACCGAGUUAGACAUCCCCUCGAGAGAUGAAUGUUGCCGACCGCUUGGUUCUCUAGUUAUACCAACUUAAGUAAUGACCGCAAGAUAGCAAUACACAGCGGUCUGAGGAGCUUCCUGUUCUUCCUUGAGCUGCGUCACCCCGCUGUAGUCCGUUAUGGACUGGCCCGAGGUCUCACUACAAACAAGCGGCUGCAGGAAGAGAGUAGGUGAGUUGUGUUUAGUCUCUUUGCUAAAAAAAUGAGUCAAAGUUAAAAAGAUGUUUGGUGGCUAGUACUUUUUCUGGGACCCUGUAUGUACUGUUGAUGAAGUUAGAUGCUGCAACAUUCAACAAGCGGUCGGCAACAUUCAUCUCUCGAGGGGGUGUCUAACUCUGUGUUUUGGUGAAGUUGAUUUUAUGCCAGAAUAUCCCUUUAAGGAUGGCGAAAAGUGAAAUCAUUUCACAUUUGAAGUAGUAAAACUAAAAGGACAGAUUUGAGGGCAGACAUAAAUCAGCACCUUUAUUUUGAUAAACUGAUGCGUCAGACGGGCCGCCCUGGUCAUCAUUUGCUGUGUCUACGUUCUGAUGUGUCACAGGAUCAUGUGGGCGACAUCCUCAACAAACGCUUGACUUAAUUUUGGUCCCCCACGCUUCCGGUAGUUCUCCACAGAUUUUCCACAUUCAGGCUCAUCACUUUUCCAUGUUGCGUCCUCACACAGUAAGACGCUGCUGUAAUCAGAGCUGUCUGAGCGCUGAUGAUGUCUCUCAGUAUAAAUGUGAAACACUCUUCAGCAGUGUGUCUGCAGUGUCCCCAUGGUGACGGUGAGAAUAGUGGAGGCCUGUGUGGGUGGAUGCAGUUUGUCUAUUUUAGAUAAACUGCAGAGGAAAAAGCAAAACACUGACUCAGGUUAGUGUUGAGAGAUUGGAAUACAUCCUCUGCCUUUUCCACAACAGUUUCCAACCAUGAAGCAACCCUCCAAAAAUCCCUUUUCUCUCAUAAUAACUUUGAACUUUAGCUGGACACAUGCUCAGUUUUUAUAGUGAAUACCUGUCAGGCUGAGAUUUGACCACGUUUCUCCCCUUCAAGGCAUUCUCCCAUCCAAUCUCUGCAAACCACCUCCACCCUGUCGAGCGACUCGCCCGGGAGGUGCAGCAGCUCAAAGACAAAAUCGCAGAAGUCUCCACAGGCCGGGAUUCAAACCCAACCACCAAGAUAAGAGACCCGCGGAGAACCGACACCAACCUGAACCAAAACACCAACAACGGCACCUUCCUCUUCCCAGCACAGAGGCCUCAGAGCGCCACCAUGCCCAGAUCGGCGCCCCCUAUUACCUCCACCAACCACCACACCUCCAGGGGCACUCCGCCCUCCUCAGCUCCUCCAUCGAGUAACAAACACACCUUCCUGUUCGGGCACACUUCAGUCGCAGAGGCCCGGCCUGACCAGCGUUAUUACCCGACACCCAACAACGCCAAGCUGCCUAAGAACAGCGGGUCCUCCGUCUCUUCCUGAGGUCGGCUGCUCCUCUGAACUGUUCCGAUCCAGACCGCUCCACCCUUUAACCCGGGUACUAAAACACCACCUGCCUGCACAGUGUGAUCGAACGACACGACUGACUACAAGGCGAUGAGAAACUUUAAGGGAAACGCGACAGAGUAAAGAAAUUAGUGCAAGAGUUCUCGACUCGAAAACUUAUCGUCCGUACUGUAAUAAAAAUGUGACAACUGUUUUGUAUAUUUGUAAAGAAAGAAAUCACAGUAUUCAAUUUACCGCUAAUGAAAUACUCAACAACAUAAAGGGCUGUAGAUGCUUAAUAAUGUAAACAACUGACACUCAGAGUGUCUUAUAAUGCAGUAGACUCCUUUUAGAAACAGCACGUCACCCUUUAAGAUGUAAGGAAGGCUUGUGCUCCUCUUUUUAGCUUCUUAUCAAGAGCAGGAUGAAGAUAGUGGAGCGAUGAAGCGAUUCUGAAGAGCACUUUGACAGAAAACACGGCAGGAAAAACACGGAAACAUAUCUGCCCUGACCUCCGUGUUCAUCAGGCUGCAUAUCUCAAGAGGACUUUCUCUUACCUACCAGCUCUUCACGUAUUUAUUAUGUCAUGCUUAUCUGCAAAAAACAAACAAACAAACAAACAUGGACUCUGUUGUUUUUGUAUCCGAGCUUCAAAUGGAGGAAAAAGAGAAUAAUGUGGUGAAAAUGAUCCUUUGUGGAAAGCGUCAUUUUUGAACCUCGGCUCUGUGACCAGUGGCUUUAUUUUGGAAUUUAGGGCAUGAGAGCUAUUUUGGUACUGCUCUCAUAUCUCUGCACUCUCAUGCAUGAUGGGAGCGGCGAGAGGCCCGGAUUCCCUUCAGUUCAGAGUGUUCGCCUGUGUGGGUCUGGAUCAUGAUUUCAGGGCUUCAGUAUUAUCAUCUUAUCUAAGCUUUCCUCUUUAUUCCAAGUAUCUCUGAUCGUUACUGGUCAGUAUUUGAUGUCAUACAUGUAGAUAAAUGUGAUUUCUGAAACGUUUGACCAAAUUUAGUAUUAUUUCAUGAAUCCUCCGUAUUAUUUAUGAUGGAAUUAAAAGAUGGAUAACUAUUCUGCCUUUUUAUUGCCGUACCUUGUGAAGGGAAGCUGAUUUUUUCUUUUCCUUUUAAUCUCUCUCUCUUUUUCUCCCCGCUGGUGCUGUGUUAGUAUGCUGCCAGCAUUUAGGUCAAGGACUUGGAAGUGUCUGACUGUAUUUGAAACACAAAGGGAAAAAAAAAAAAUCUGCUGCUGCUGCUGCGCCUUUAAAUCCAAACAGGUUGUCGUUGGCAUGAUGUGGGUGUCAAGUGGAUGAACUGGCAUCUUUCCUGCACACGGAUGAAACUGCACCGUUUUGCUUCUGCGUUUUCCUCCUUUUUUUAGUCGGAGGGAUAAACUGAUGCAGACCUUCUCUUAUGUCCAAAGGUACCUCACUUGAUAGCACUAUGAAUUAUUCAUCGUUGUAAAUAUUCAUUACGUCAAUAUCAAGGCACAUCGAUAUGAGAGCUUCAUCAUCUUUGUCCUGUUACAACGAAAAACAAAACCCUAAUUUGAUCAUCCUCUGCACCUGUCACUCUGUAUGCUUGUAUUAUUUAAUGUUUUUGGUACGAUCAUUGCUUCAUUUGCCAGAUGUACAUAUUUUUUUUUUGUAUCAGCAUGUUUUGAUCCUGCUCAAUAAAAAAACAAGUGUUAUUAUCCGAAUCAUGGACAUGACUAAUUCCUCUCAAACACAGCUCACAAACUUUAUUUUCUAACAAAAUAAAUAUGUACAUAUGAUCUGGGACACUUAAAAAGUAGCAUGGCACUGUACAGUACAAUUCAAAUCCAGCCGUCCUGCAUGAUAUGUACAGUUAGAGUAAAACAAUCCAAGAAUCAUGUGCAAAAUGCUCGAUGCUUUCACAAGAAAAGGUACAAAUGUAGGCGCUGAACAAGGAAACGCUUCAAAUACAAAAUAUUGACCGCACAGUUAAAGCUCUCAAACUUCAUAUUCAGUCGCAUGAAAUGCUUUAAUUUCGAUGUUAGAAAACCUGCAUGCUGUUAAAAAUACGAAUGCAGUGAUUUUCUAAAUCAGUAUAUUUUACAACAACUUCUCUCUCCCACAUUUUCAUCGUAGCGUGCAACUUCUUUUCUGCUUCUGAUACCAGGAUCUGAGUACUGGCUGAUACUGAGUUCCCCUCUGAUACCAGAUUUAUAAAAAAAACACAUUAUACUUCGAAUUGCUGAGUCCAUACUGUGAGGACAUGAUGCACGAUAUGCCUCAAUACGCUCUAAAAAUCUGAACUUAAAAAUGAGCUGCAGCAGCUCAGCUCUCAGCCCCUCUUACAUUCUUAAAGAGAAUCCUAAAAACACUGAUUUUGAGCGUGAAACUGCUUUAUUUUCAAUACAGCAUUCAUUCAUUUACCAGGUGAGAAAACACAGCUGACAUCUUCUGGCUUUGCCUGAAGUUACACUCUGUUUGUAGUUCACUGCUGCUACAAUUCUUCUUUGCAGCUCCAACACUGCAGCUCCUCGGCGUACUCGCCAAACCCAACAGCUCAGUUUAGACCGACAUGGAGACCGUUUUGAUAUCAUCAUCAGCAGGACAUGUUUUCAACCAUUUGGCACUUCAGACCGAUCAGUGUUUUGUCAUGCAUUCUGACGAGUUUCAUCUGAUAACAGCUCACAGACAGAGUAAUGCAGUUGCAGUCCGUGUCGUCAUGUAGCUGUCAUGGCAGUGGCGGCGCAUCCAAACUAAAAAAAAAACAAAAAAAACAAAAGUCUCUCUGAAGGACGAGCUCCAGCUUCAGCCCCAUCGACUCCCGUGCUCCUUCCCCGUGAACUGCUGCUGCUGCAGGAUGCCGUCGGGCCCGUAGAAGUACCCGGAGGACGACGGGGGGAGGCCUCCGAGCUGACGGAUGGACUUGCACAUGGGGCAGGGGUAGUCGGACAGGCCCUCGAUGUCCUCGAACGCCAGGUUGACGAUCUGGUCGCAGCAGGGGUCGCAGUAGAGGUGCCCGCAGGAGAGGCGCUUCAGCCGGGCCUCGUAGGAGAUGCAGCACUGACAGUGAGGAAGGUCAGGGCCCAGAGACAGAGAGCCGGUCAGGGAGCUGCUCUCCAGGCUGCCGCCAUGACUGGAGCUCUGCUUAGUGGGAGACCUGAGGAGAACUAAACAUGUGAGUGGGAGAUCUAUUUUUACAGAGAAUAAGUCAUGUGAUUUGACAGUUUUCAAACAAGACUUAAUCUCGUCCUUUUUAUGUCUCACAUCACUGUGAAUAAAAGAUGUUUAACUUUGGGACUAAAGCUAUUUUAAGAGCUCCUCGUUGGCUCAUUGAGAGUUUGAUUGGUGUUUAAAGCCUUUUUUUCCCUCUGAAUAAACCAAUCCAUCAUGAAAGUACUCGUCCUGAAGUGACCGGGUCCAUAAAUCAGCUGAUAAGAACUGAGCGCAGAGCCUGGGAACCAGAAAAUCUGCACUCUCAGGUCUUAUCAUACCACGCAGAUUUGAUUUGGUCACUCUGUCAAAAAGCAGUUUUGGGUCUAAAAGCCUCUGAAAGACUUUUUAAACCAUGAGGGAACUAAGUAAGUAGAUGGGGUGAAGCCUUGGAGCUAGUUCAGGCAGGCAACUUAAGGUGCUCUGAUUCCACACAUAACAUAUCAGUCUUAUUAUGCUGUAGGGUUAACUGAACUCAGUGUCUGCAGAUUGAUUUGACUCAAAAUGACGGUGAAAUUUUGCACAAUUUGUCUGAAUUUGUUGAUUUUUUGUGAAUCAUUUGAACUCUGAAUCAUAUUGUUACAAAAGAGAAGCAGAAGAGCCAAAAUGCGACCGAAACUAAUGAUUAUUUUCAUCUCUGACUCAUCCGUCUUUUGUUUUCUUGUCUUAUCGUUUUGUUGAUUCAGUGCCAGAGACAUUGCGAGAAUGUCAAAUGUCCACUUUUUGCCGUCUGGGUUGACAAACGAUUAUUGCAGUUAAAGAAAUGGUCAAAUAAGCCAGUUAUGUUUCUGUUUGAGGGUAAGAAUACAGCCGUGAAAAAAAGAGUGACGGAUUUUCUGUUGCACUUUGUACACAUUUCUGUUGUUUGUGAUCAGAUCUGUUCCAGUGAAUAAAAAUAAACAGGUAAAACAAGAUUUAAGGUGAGUUCCUGGAGGGUGGAGCUCAUGGGAUUGCUUCAUCGCUUUAACUGCUGACUUAAAAUGGAGACUGAGGGUUCAGAUUUGUAACCUGGACCAUGAGGGACCAGGGCUGUUGCUUUAUUAAUGGAGGCACCUGUAACGCUGGAGCUGAUCAGACAUGAGAAUUAUGCUAAUUUAUGAAACCACAGAGACGUUUAAAGUGUGAGGAAAUCCUUCAAUUUUGACUGAAAAUUUUAGAUUCACAGGUUUGUGACACAAAAUGGACUUGAGGGAGGAAAAGCUGCGUGAAGUGAGAGCAAACAGUGAGUCAGGAAACCUGUUGUCAUAACAACAGAGAGGAGAAGGUGUCUUUAUUUCUGUAUUUCCCUCACUGGACCCACAUAUACAGACUUAAAUCACAAUUAGGCGUUUCACAGUGUAGGUUGUGAUAAUUUGUUGUGUAUAUUUUAAGUAAUUAAGACUGAAAAUUAGGCGGGAAAAUGCUUUUAAAAUUGGAGAACUUGAUUGUUUGUGCUAAAAGAGGAACUAAAAGAGGCUUCAGCUGCUUUAAGGUGAUGAAAUUGGGGUUCUAUUGGAGCCUCACUCACCUUGUCGACGAUGAAUCUUUGAAGCAGUCGAAGCUGAGGGCUGCGAGGAUCCUCCACAGCAGGUCCAUGCCGGUUCCUCUCAUUUUAGAAUCCAGAUUUCAGAGACCUGCUCUCGGACCUGCCUCAUAUUUGAGGAACCACGACUGACCGCUGCUCGGCUCUCUGUUGUCUUUUCAAUUCAGGACAAAACACACACACACACAAAAACACGCACACCAAAAAAACCUGCACCACCCCCCUCCCACGCCACGUUAUUAAAUAUGCGAGAGGAAAGGAUGAACCACCAUCUUCAUCUUCAUCCUCCUCCUCAUCCUCUGGCAUGUGAAGGCUCGUGAACGCAGCUCGUCUCUCGUGUCGUGUCGUGUUUCAGGACGUUUCGAUGUUUCCUCUCCGUCGUGUUUCUCCGCAGCAGCAGCAGCAGUCACAGCAGUCACAGUGUAGUUACACCGUGUGUCCACAGGGCGUCGCUGCUGAGC